GACAGGGCAGCGAGAGCCGUUCCACAAGGUGGCCGUGAGAGAGAAGGGGGGGCUAGGUCACGUGACGGUUCCAAUAUGGCGGCGCCGUGCCGCUGUCCAUCACCACCACCGCCAGCGUUACCUCUGAGGGAGCCGCGUCUCUUCCGGAUCGUGGAGCCCAGCUGCGGCCGAGCCCCGUGAGCGCCGCUUCCCGCCCCGCUUGGGAUAGACGGCGACGGGAGAGCCUUCAAGCCUCGCGGCGGCCAUGCAGCCCCCGGCCCGCGAGGAAGACACCCGCACCAAGAGCAUGUUCGUCUCCCGGGCCCUGGAGAAGAUCCUCUCCGAGAAGGAGGCGAAGCGGCCCCCUCACGGGCAGCUGCGGAGGGCCUGCCAAGUGGCGCUCGGUGAGUGCAGAGGCCCCCGCAGGCGCCCGGCUACGAAGCUCGGGGCCCUCGCCUCACAGAGGCGCAGCUCAAGGGAGCCCUGUCAAAAUCCCCGGGCGGCGGAGCCCAGGGCCGCUGGCGCUCCCAGCCCGGCCGCCUCGCCCGGAGCUUCGCUAUCCUCCUGCGUAAAUUCCGCCCCGCGCAUAAUGCCGCCGAGGGGGAAACUGCCGAAGGUCGCCGAGAGGGCUGCUUCGGAGUGUUUAUAUCCGACCGUCUCCCAGGCGGUUUAAAGCCCCGCGUCUUCUGCCCACAUGGAGAUGAGGUGGGGUGGGGGGACGACGACGACGACACCUGCCAGAUAUCUCUGAAACACAAAUGCGAACCCCUCUUCUCGGAUAUAAAAGUUGGGUUCUUUCUCUACUCCCCCCGCCCCCGGUCAAAUGAGCUGUUUUCUCUAAAAUGUUUUGCCACGUGCAUUUGGGAGCCUACCAGCUUCUCUCAAGCUUGAACCCUUGAUCUUAUUACAUGCUUGCUAGUUCCAGUGAGUCCAGCGGAGUUGGCUCCCAUUGAGCCUGCCCUCUGUGAUUACACAGCUGUGUGAAAAGCAGUCAGAUUCCUCUGAUUGCAGCCUAGGAUCUGGGUUAAAAAUUCUCUUCCUUCCUUCCUGUUAGUGGGCGGGGGGGGGGUUCCCUGAAUGAAGUGUGAUCUGGGAUCUUUCCCUGAAUGAAGUGUGAUCUGGGAUCUAGGCUCUCUCUGUUUCUUCAGCUCCCCUCCUUUUAGGCUGUGAUGGGGAUCCAAUGCUUAUGGGACACUCCUGUCAGAUCUCCUGGGGACUCCUAUCUGUCUUCCCUAGCCGAUGACUUUCUGUUUUUAAAGCCUCUCUAGAUUUUUUACAUGAUGAAAGAAAUUAGAAAAAGUAUUUCUGGGAAGUGUCUAAUGAAUGACUUUCUACACACAUGAGUGUAGUUGGUGAUAGGACUUGGCAUCAGAUAUGCUCAGUAGAUUAAUUUGCCACGUUGGAUACUCCCCUGCUUGUGAACAGGUGACCACGCUCCAGAUCUUCUAACAGGAAGUGUCAUAAUCAAUUUUGUGGUCAAGUUUGGUUGUCAAGGGAAAGAGGGAGGUUCCUUUCAUUCAGGAAGAGAGAACAAGGUUCACUUUGCUUAUCUGAUUGUAACAUGCAGUACUAAUUGCUGUGUAUUUCUAUGAGCAAUUUGCAAGCCUUUUUACUUAUCAGAUGGGCAGAUUGUGUGCAUGUGAAACACUUUUCUAUAAUAUUUUCUUGAAUUGUUUAUCAUUGGUAAAUAAUGAAAUUAGUUGUGAGACUUAAGUACAAAAUAGAUCAAUACUGCCUUACCGAAUAGUUUUUACAGGAUGAAAGAAAUUAGAUAAAUGUUUCUUAGACAUAUCUAAUGAAUGUGACCUUUCUUUAAAAGAAAAGUUAAGAAACAUCAACUUGCAUUACAAGCAGAGACAGUUUCAUUUUGGCUCUAUACUUUUUUUCUGUGCCAGUAAGUCCAAAUGGGGGGAAAAACAGUUUGACAGUUGCCUUCUCUGUUAGUGUCUUAACUGCAUGUUCUAUGCAAAUAGGACAUUGGGACUUGUGUCUGUUUUUUCUUGGCAAAAAUUUAGAUGUUUUUAAAUAGUCUGAGAUGGAAUUAAGACUAUAAUCCUAUAACCCUUACCUAGGAAUAAGUCCCAGGGACGCAGGUGGCGCUGUGGGUUAAACCACAAAGCCUGGGAUUUGCCGAUCAGAAGGUCAGCAGUUCGAAUCCCCAUGACAGGGUGAGCUCCCAUUGCUCGGUCCCUGCUCCUGCCAACCUAGCAGUUCGAAAGCACGUCAAAGUGCAAGUAGAUAAAUAGGUACCGCUCUGGUGGGAAGGUAAACGGCAUUUCCAUGCACUGCUCUGGUUUACCAGAAGCGGCUUAGUUAUGUUGGCCACAUGACCCGGAAGCUGUACACUGGCUCCCUCAGCCAAUAAAGCGAGAUGAGCGCCGCAUCCCCAGAGUUGGCCACGACUGGACCUAAUACCUUUACCUUUAGGAGUAAGUCCCACUGAAUUUGAUGAGACUUAUUUCUUGAGUAGACAUAGGAAUGGUCUUUGGCAUAUCACUGUCUGAAUUUAAGUGGCCCAUUUGUAAAAUAAACAUUAUUUUGGUCUAAUAUUAUGAGGAUCAAGAAGUGUAUUACAAAGCAUUCUGUAUGUUCAGUCCACCAGUGGUGAAGUACUUAACACUUCAGCCGUAUGGAGAUCUACUAAGAAAUAAUUAUUUUUAGGUUUAGGGACUGACAACAAGGCAAGCAGAUAAGAGAUUGCAGCCUUAACCAUUCUUACAGUACAACAUGAAUUCUAACAAUACCACAUGAAAUACUUUCACAGCUCCCAGCUUUCAAAGAAUAAAAUGAAUCUGAUAUUCAGCCAAAAACAAAAGCAUCAUCUGAAAAAUAAUUAUAUUAUGAUAUAAUAUACAACAUAAUUCCUGUGUUCAUUGCAUUCAUGCAACAAUUCAGCUCAUGUAUAAAUGUUAAGUAUAAUACUUUGUUUUGUUCUUUAUGUGGUUGGUGGUCAGAAGGGAGACAAUCAGUAUUUCCAUACUGUAUAAGAGGUAUCCAGAUUAUCAAAAGGAGAAAAAUGGAAAGGGGAAAUGAAUAUGAUAAUGGCAGGAAUGUAUGUACCACAGCACAGCAUGCUUCUGUUGUUUACUAUAGCCUCCUCAAUGUUCCUUGUACAUUUUUAAUUGAAAGCCUCUGCUAUACAGAGCUUAUAUUCAUUGUGAUGAUAUAUAGACUGGGAUAUACCAUACAGGAACGUUAUAAACAAACUUAACUGACAGAGCCCUCUAUUGACCUGAUAGUAGAAUUUUGUCUAAGAGGGGUGAAAAUGAGACCUGACCUGAAAAUGGAUAUGUAAGCCUAGGCAGAUUUCACUGUGGGUAAGAGUUAGAACAAAAUAAGGCAUAAAAUUGGCAAAAUAGGUAUCGUAAGAGGCAAGAAAGUUGCUGGGGCACAAUUUAGUAGAACAUUUUAAGAUACUAGUGACAAGAGGCUUAAACUCUGUUUAGUGCAGGAAGGGAGAAAGAUGUGGAUUAUAAAAGUUUAAGGGUAUAAGAGUGACUGAAUAUAAAUUCUGCAUUGGGGUGUGGGCAAAAGAUAGGUCAGUAUCUACUGGUAGAUUUGUGCACAUUUUGCAGUAGCUUGGCAAGUGUUUCCAAGCUCUAAUUGUUUAAAAAUAGCAGCAACAGAAUGACUUUUGCCACCUAAAUUAAGAUGAAAUGAAGAAAGCUAACCAGGUGUGGACUUUGGUGCUAAAGUACUGUGGAGUCAGUUCCAUUCUCUUACUGAAAACAGUGUUGUGGGCUCAGAAUGCUCAGAGCAUCAUGUUCUUUAAUUCUAACUCUAUGCUUAUUGCACAAGCUUCUGGUUGGUUCUAGUAAAAAAACAAAGUGGAUCCAACAAGCCUGUCUGUCUACCCCCGUUCGACCUGAUCAACUGGUUUGUCUGACCUGAAACAUACAUGUAUUUGCCAGGAAAUUAAUAAGAAAACAUCUGAAGGGUUUGCAUGGUUGUGAUACAGCAGUCCAUUUUUAUUUUUAUUUUUUUACACUGAUGAGGAGGUGACUAGAUACGGGCAGGUGCCUUUUUGAUAGGUAUUUGCUUCAGGUUUAUUGAAUACAUACAAAAAUUAAUUUAUAGUGACUUAGAAUUAAGCCAAAAGUAGAAGUAUUUUGUACAGCCUGGAAGCCAUCAAGGUCUUGGCAGAAAGCUACUGGGAGGGACAGAAAACUGACCACUGAAUCAUUUUAAAUUAAUAUAAGUUUAAAGAUACUCUAAUUUCUAGCCUAUUAUAUAAAGAAAGGGAGCAUAACAACUUUAUAUGUUAAUAACCUCUGCUCAUUACACUGAAGAAUAGUAUGCUGAUUGUCCAGAAUAUGUAGCAGGACAAGACUCAUUUCCAGUAAAUAAUUAUCACCAACAUUUAAGAAGUCAGUCAUAAAGUUUCCCACAUCAGCUGCACUGUACACUUUAUGCUGUAGGUUGAUUUAUUAUUGAUUUAAUUUUGUACUGCUUAAUAUAUAAAUGAUAUACAAAAACUGAAGCAACAAUAUACAACUUAAACAAAAUAUUGCAUAAGCACACAGUUACAUAUUUCAACAUAUUUUUCCUAAAUAUUUGUUUUUACUUACUGGAACCUUUACUGGAACCUUUAAAACGUCUUUUAAAAUGUACCAAAAAAUGCUAGCUAGUUCACAGUCAGUGAAUGGCAUUUUCAUAUAACAUAUAGCUUUCAGUCAUAGCCACUUUAAACUUUUUAUUUUAUUAUGUUAAAGGAUAUAGCUACUAGGGAUUACCACUGAAAUUGUUAUAGGUUUUUCAAAUAACAAAUUGUGCAAUUAACUCCUUACUUGGCUAUGGGUGUUCCUUGAAAAGAAUUGCUCUUUACAAUUUGUUUUGACGGCAUAUGCUGUAUUUAAAAUUGCUUACCCCAAACACUGCCACGUAAUGUUAUCCUGUACUAUGGCUAUGGCAGAUCACUCCUGGCUAAGGAAUUAGUUGUAGCUCAGAUUGCAAUUUUCUUAUAUACAGUUCCGCUGAUUCAGGGAAGGAAGAUUUUAGGGAGUUUUGCUUAAGUUUGUUGUUGUAGUAACUUUUUCCUUCUUUGCAGUUCAUCAUUCUUUCCUCAUGAAAUACUUUUCUGUGUAUUCAUUCUUCUUACACUGGUAUCGCUGGUUAAGUACUUAAUUCGUUCCGGAGGUCCAUUCUUAACCUGAAACUGUUCGUAACCUGAAGCACCACUUUAGCUAAUGGGGCCUCCCGCUGCCACCGCACAAUUUCUGUUCUCAUCCUGAAGCAAAGUUCUUAACUUGAGGUACUAUUUCUGGGUUAGUGGAGUCUGUAACCUGAAGCGUAUGUAACCCGAGGUACCACUGUACACUGUAGAAGCUCCACAGUUUCCCAGUAGCAACUGGAAUUGAAUCAGGGGCAGGAAGGGAUAAAAAUGCUUGGUCCGAAGUAAAUCCUGAUUUAGAACUAUUGGACCCAGGGCCACAAAAAAAGUUUGUGUCUUAUUUUUAAAAUUUGUCAGUUGCCUCACAGAUCUUUAUUUCAUAAGGAACAGGAGGUUUUGCUCUCAUUUAGAAGCAGUCAUUAUGUAGAACCUCUAAUUUUGCCAAUUAACAGUUGCUACUGGAUAUAAUAAUUAUUUCUGCAAAGGCCUGUUUAUUGUUGCCUGUAACCCAACCUAGUAAAUUUACAAGUGUUUGACAAUGUAUAAUUAGCUUCCUGUUCCUUUCCCUGUAACGGGGCUGGGGAAUAUCAGACCUGGGGGCCAUUCAGCCCUUCAAGUCAUAUCCCUCACUAGUUCUGCUCUACACUCUGCCUGAGUGCUUUUCCUGGGUUGGAUUGUGCCCUUGAGUAAUGCUAAUGCCCCUUGCUUCCCUCUAUGGAGGAUGAAGAGAUGCAGGUCAGUGUGUAGAAACUGCUGAGUUUUGCAUGUCUGGAAUACCCUCCUGUACAGUCUCAUCUGCUUCUCCACCUACUCUUGACUCUGCCCACCAGUAGCAGGUAUUCCCCAGGAAGUUGUCAAGGAGGCCUCAGUCUGAAAAAAAGAUUCCCAACUGCUUCCUAUAGAUCUCCACAGUUUUUCUUCCUUUUCGUCUCCCAUCCUUUCUUUGCAAAUAUCACAUGGUAUUUAAUAAAACGGCUGCAUAUAGAAGUGGGCUAUAGCAAUCUCUUCUUCAUAGCCAAGUUGUAUGUCUAAAAGGGGUUGUUUCUGAUAACACUUAAUUGUGAGCGUCUAAUAAUACCAUGAGAAGUGGGCAUUGAGCAGAAUAGAAAACAGGUGGAAGAAAAAUGUUUCUGGAUUUUCUUUCUUCCCUUUCUUUUGUCGUAGGAUUUCCUUCAUUGGGGCUUUGAUAAAUUGGGGCAUGUGUAUGGGGUUUUGAUCAGGAAAAAGGAGGGAAAUAAUUAAAUCACGCCCAGCUGUUCCAAACAAAUCGACCUCUCCACAAGUUAAAAGUUUGGAGAGCAGUCUGACCUGCUAAACUGGCCUGUCUGUUAGAGGAGGGAUUUUGAUAUAAUUUAUAACUUUUUUCUUCUGGGAGUAGAAACUAGCAGGAGAAGACAAGGCGUUUGUAGUUUCUUGCCUGCAUUAAUAUUUACUACCUUGCACAACUGGAUGGAGUGUGAGCGUGUGUGAAUAAAACUGUUGAAGCCUGGAGGAAACCAACAUUUAGUAAAGGGAAUCUUGUGCAAUGCUUUCCCCAUUAUGGCAGAUACGUUUUUUCCCAAGCUGCUGAUAUCUCAGGUUUCUUAGCUUCAGUUCUGACUUAAAUGUUACUGUGUUAUCUCUUGCAAAGUACUGUAGUUUGCUCAGAGAUUUCAUACUGGACUUUCAGUGUAGUCUUCCCCUGCCCCUCAUCAAAAUUAUAUUUUAUUGAUUUGUUAGCAAAAAAAAAAAGGUGCAAGCUUAACAAAAAGAAAGAAAACAAAGUCCAUUUUUGUAAAGCAUCGCAACCUGGAAGGACAAAAGUUCAAAGAUACAGCACAGCUCCAAAGGGAUAAUAAAGUACUAAUGCAUACGAUUCCCUUUGCAUAACAAUAAAGAUAUGUAAAAAUAGAAGUAUUCUCCGCCCGUGUCUUUUGUGAUUAUUGAGUAUAAAGGGUCUAUAAAGUCUUGGGUGAGCCAAACAUUUAAAUAUACUGGUCAGCAAUCAUGUGCCUCCUCAGUACCUACAAUUAAUCACCCAGAGUUCAGUUCUGGAGGAUGACAAUUAGCACUACUAUAUCAUUUUUGAGGUGAACAGCAGCAGAAAAAUUCAGUAAAAGUUGAUAUAGCCAGCAGUACUACAUGUUUAAGAAAACUUUUGCAAAUAAAGUUUUGAAAUUCCCAACAAUUAAAUAGUUUUUGGGUUGUGUUAUCUGCAUGUCUGGAACAGUAUUUAAAUUACAACAUAAAUUGGAAAGGAAAAUUAUUUUGGGUAAACAUGGGCACUGAAUCACAACAGUAGGGGGAUAUUUGCUAAGCUUUCGUUUAAGUGACACAAAUGGUUUAUAAAAAAAUAAAAUGUAUUUGGAGCAGAUACUAUUCUAACCAAUAUUUUGUUUCAAGAGGAAAAUACAAAACAUUUAGUUUUUUAACUAACUGCAGUAACUGUCAUUAGUUUUGCCAUAAGGAAUAUAAGGGCAGUGUGGCAGGAUAAGUGCUAGUAAACUUGGCUCUUUCCACAUAUUUUGGACUACAACUCCCAUCAUGCCUGAGCAUUGGGCCAUGCUGACUGGGGCUGAUGGCUGUUAUAGUCUGCAACAUCUGGAGACCACCACAUUGGUUAUCCGCAUUGGCAAAGUUAAUGAGAGAAGUAAAUUCAGAUAUCCGUUUAGUAUAAAUAGUACUUUGUUAUUGAUUCUCAAAAGUGCAUCUGACAAAAUUUGUGUUUUGAGAUAGAAUGGUAAUACAUAUAUCAUUGCUGGUAUCAUCCACUUUUUUACCAAGUUAUUGGCUUUUGUCUUAUAUUGGCAUCUGUGUAUAGUAUAAGUCUGCAACAUAAACCAUUUGUUCUGUUUUUCUCCCCAGAUGAAAUAAAAGCAGAAUUAGAAAAGCAAAGGUGAGUAAGUGCUGGUGACCACAUGUAUCAUAUAAAAACACUUAAUAUGCAGGUGUAUGUAUAAUUUAUCUAGCUGCUUCAGGUAACACAUCACAGCAACACAAUGAAUGUUCCUCGAGUAGUAGAACAUUUUCUUUUGGAUGAACAUGUUUCAGGCUCGCUUCUAGGCAGGAGUUGAGUGGCAUGGACAAAAAAAAAGUGGCUUUGGAUGUGGUAAGACCUUCUGAAGCUGCCCUCAGUACAGUUAUUUGCAACUGUGUCUUUAGGAAAAAAAUGGGGAAUUUGGAAGAAAAUGAACAAGUUUAGGUAAUCCCUGUGGCUAUGAGUGGCCUAAGUAGAAUUAAUUGUAUUUCAGUUGCAAGUAACGACUUCCCAAAGAUAUUGUUUUACCACUUCCUUUCUUCUCAACUGGAUUUUUCUUUCAUUUCUUAUGACAUGGCAGUUCUCUGCUAACAGAACCUCCACUUCCUCUCUUUAGAUCUCUUUUGCAUAUGUUCCAUAAUGUAUGCGUGUAAUUGGCUUGGUCAGAGAUACCAAUCUGCAUGAUUAAUGAAACCCAGCUCUAAUCUGUUGGUGUUUAGCUGUCUCUCUGAUGUUAUCGGAUUAGAAAAUUACUUUAGUUCUGUUUUCUGGAUCUCUGUUUCUUCAGUAGCAUGCUGUGCCUGGUGCAAACACAAGUUCAUUAUACUUUGGGAAGAAUCCUAAUGAUUUUCUUCUAUUGUUCUGUGUUGGUUUUCCAAGCCACUGUUGGUCAUUUUCCACACUUGGAUUUCUGUUGUGAUGUAGGCUGGGGUGGGGGCUUCUGUUUAUCUUACCCCAACACAAUCUGGAAAUUCAAUGUUGAGUCAUGUACUUGUCGCCAAAGGAAGUAGUUACAGUGGUACCUCGGUUUAAGAACAACCCUGUUUAAGAAUGAUUCCAUUUACUAACCAUGCAAAACUGGAAAUAGUGUCCCAGUUUGAGAACUUUACCUUGGUCUAAGAAUGAAAUCUGAACGGUGGAAGGGCACUGGUGGCGGGAGGCCUCAUUAGGGAAAGUGCACCUCGGUUUAAGAACAGUUUCGGUUUAAGAACGGACUUCCAGAAAGGAUUAAGUUUGUAAACUGAGGUACCACUGUACUGUUUUGGAGGUAGCUUGACAUGACUUUCAUCAUCUUUUAUUCUGCAGAAAAACAUUAAUAAGCAUUUUCACUAUAUUUCUCUAGGUAGAUACGUGUGCUAACCAUUCCCUCCUUAUGUUUCAAAAGAAGCUUAGACACUGCAUGCUAUGUGGGAAUAUUCCAGUGCUUCUUAAACAUACUGUGAGAAGUAGCUCUUAGCAAGUUUUGAUGGUUGGCCUUGCAGUAGCAGGAUACAUUGACAUUUUCUGCCUCUUGAAACUUAAUAAUCUUGAACCCAGUUGUUAAAAAUACUUAAAUAUAAAGCUAUCUUAACUUUUUAUACACAUUUUUUUAUAAAAAAAAAUUAUACAAAAACAUACAUUCAAAUAUGUCAUUCCUAUGUAACAUAUGUCCUAUUACAGCUUAAAUUUCAUUCUUUAUAAGCUAUAUUUGAUCUUGGUGCUGAAAAAGCAUUAAAUUAUUGAAUCUUUUAAUUUUGCUCCAUUUAGGUCAUAAAAGGAGACCGUAAUCUUUCAAAUUGUUCUUGUUUUUAUCUCCCUUCCUUCAUUUUAACUUUUAAGCCAAAAGGGAAUGAAUCCAUGAGAAAACAACUCAUGCUCAAAAAUUUCCACACUGGUAUAUUUAAAAAGUACCGUACUUAAUUUUAUUAGCUUCUACUUCUUGACACAUCCAUUCAUGCAGUGCAAUUGGAUGUUGUUUUUCCAAUUCUUUAGGCUGUGAUCUUCAAGUACAUGCAUGCAAGAAUGACUUCCUCAAUAGUCUUUCAUCAACCGAAAAAUAAAGUGGUUUUGUACUUGAGGGAGGAGUUAAACCAAGUUGCUGUUAAGAGUGAGACUAUAGAGAGAGCGUGUCUGCAUGUAGAUAAUUGUGUGCUGAUUUUUGACACACAUGGACAUUGGAGACUGUGGUCCUAGGUUUCAAUACUUCACGUGCUUGCUGACAAACUUGCUGCCAGUUAGGUAUGGUGGAUAUUAGCCCUUGCCAUCUUGUUGUAAGAGGUGUGCAGCAAGGCCAACUACUCUGAGUUGGAAAUAGUUAUGUAUAUUUGGAGAUAGGACCUGCAUUGCUUUCUAUGCCUUAGAAAGGAAUGUAUCAAUGGCUUUUAUGUUGUGUGUUCUAUGUGGAUAGGAAAUUAAUAUGAAAGCCAUUGCUCAGUUCAUAACACUGAGUGAUUUUGUUGUUGUUUUCAAUUUUUCUAACUAGCCAAGGCAAUGAAACUACUCCAAAAGCAAACUUCAUUGAAGCCGAUAAAUAUUUCCUCCCAUUUGAGUUAGCCUGCCAGUCGAAGUCCCCACGGAUUGUCAGCACCUCAUUGGACUGCUUGCAGGUAUCCUUUUUAAAUUAAGUAUUUAUCAACCUUGGCUGUGUUUAUUUUGACAGUGUCCUCUAAAUUUUAUGUUGAAGCAGAUGCAUGUAUGUAUAUAUUGUUAGGCUGCAGACAGAAUUGAGAAGCUACUUUCUUUAUUUUGUCUUCCUUUCCCUGCCUCCAAAGUUCUUUAAAACAUCUGUUACAGGUUUUAUUAGUAAUUGUUCCACGCUCACCCCUCCCUCAGCUUUGACAUAUUUUAAGACAUUCCUUACACUUACACACAUACACACACCAUCAGCCUCUUUGGAACCUGCUAAUGAAGCUGUCCUGCAUUUUGAAUCCUCUAAAUGACAUGGAAAGUGUUUCAUGUGUGAAAGUGAUUAUAAUACAUUUUUUUCUCUCUCUCUGUAGAAACUUAUUGCAUAUGGACAUAUCACUGGCAAUGCUCCAGACAGUGGAGCUCCUGGGAAACGCCUGAUUGACCGCAUUGUUGAAACAAUCUGCAAUUGCUUUCAGGGUCCUCAGACUGACGAGGGAGUGCAGUUACAAAUUAUAAAGGUAUUUUAUUUUGAUUUAUAUUUUAGAAAGGCUGUUUGUUAAUAAGACUUUUGCUUAGUCUAUGCUUUCUAAAUGGAGGAGGCUCUUCCUUUUAUCUUCCAGUUAGAGAAUCCCCAAAUCUAAUUUUAAAAGGCUGUACAAUUUACCCCUUCCUGCACCAUACUAUGAAAAUUAAAUUAACUACCUCUUGGUAAAUAUGAACUCAUAUCUUAUUUAAGUAGCCAUUUCUUCCUAGACCACAGAGCUCUGUUAAUGGAUUUGAAAUGUUUUUUCUGCCAUAUGCUGCCCAUUUCUCCCUCUCCUUCACCCAACUUAGCUUUCUGCAAAUUGCAUGUUGUAUAUUAGCUAAAGAUUAUUUUCUGAAGCUCCAGUACCUUAUUUCUCAUUUGAGAUCUAAUUUUCUUAAUAACUCGUGGCUAUUGACUGACAGGGCUUAGUUUGUAAGUAAGUUUGUAUUGCAUUUGAUUGUAGUAGUAGUGGCAGCAGCAGCAAAUAUUCAUUCAUUCAUUCAUUCAUUCAUUGUACCCCUCCCAUCUGACUGGGUUAACUCAGCCACUAUGGGGGGCUUCCAACAAAAUAUAGUGAAACACAGCAAAACAUCAAAGAUUAAAAGCUUCCCAAAACCGGACUGCCUUCAGAUGUCUAUGAAAAGUUAUAUGAUUGUUUAUCUCUUUGACAUCUAAUGGGAGGGCGUCGUACAGGGUGGGCACAACUACCGAGAAGGCCCUCUAUGUGGUUCCCUGUAACUUCAUGUCUUGCAGUGAGGGAACCACCAGAAGGUCCUUGGAACUGGGCUUCAGUGACCAGGCUGAAUGAUGGGAGUGCUGGUGCUCUUUCAGGUGUAUAGGGCCUACAGCAUAGGAUACGGCAUUUACAUUUUGCAAACAUUCUUUUUGCUGAUUGUAGCAAUGUAACAGGUCUCUCCAAAACUUAUUGACAAUAAAAGUUUUUACAGUAAAAAGUCAAUUGAUUUCAAAUCCCUCUGUCUUUUAAAUUGCCAGGAUGAUGUACUGCAGUAAAAAUUAGUUUUAAACACUUAACACAUGAGGCCUGAACUAGAUAUAACAUGCAGUUGUGUGCAUUUUUAUGUGUGAGGAAAACACCUGGGAGCACUAAGAGGAAAAAUGGCUAGAGCAGGAGCAAACAGCUCCCCCUCCUGUUCUAUCACAUUCAUUCUUCUGCAGCUGCUUUUGAUUUAAAAGAGAGAAACUCCUCAUGAAUGAGACAUACACAUGACUGUGUGUCACAUGUUCUGGCAUCUUGGAUAUUCCUUGGGCUCGUAUGUAAACUUCCAGAUUCUGUAACAACUAUUAGCAAAGAGAUUCUUACAGCACAAGGAUAUGCAUGUCUAUACAGUCACUUUUGAAUGCAAUGAGAAUUACUCCCAGGUAAAUCAUGGAAUUGUAGAGUUGGAAGGGAUCUCACGCAUCAUCUAGUCCAACCCGCUGCAAUGCAGGAAUCUCAGCUAAAGCAUCCAUGACAGAUGGCCAUCCAGCCUCUGCUUUAAAACCUCCAAACUCUCUUCCUAACCUCCCAAGGGAGUCUGUUCCAUUGUCAAACAGCUCUUACUGUCAGAAGGUUCUUCCUGAUGUUGUCAGGUGUGUAAGGUGCCAUCUUAGAAUGCAGGGGAAAGCAGGUUUUAGGAGUUGUGCAGAGGAGACAUUCUCAGACAAUAAAAGCAAAACAGUGGGGUUCAGUUUUGAACAAAAAAUAUGGAAGUUGAACUACAUGUCGGUAGUGUGUUUUGAAAUCCACUUGGGGGCUUAAAGAAGCAGAACAUUUGAAGAGGAAAAUGUGAAGGUUGUGUCUUCUGCUUGUAAGCAUCAUGAACUCCAAAGCAAAGUAACAGUAUGUCAUCUUUGACAAAAAUACAGCCUAAAAUAGUUUUUGAGUAGAAACUUGGGCUAUCCCUAGCAAGAGGUCAUGCCUGCCCACAGUGUCCCCCUCUCCUGAUCCUCAUACUUUUAGAAAGGAGGAUGUGGGGUUCAUUUGUUGCCAAAAACAUUGUGAAUGUUUCCCUUAAACUUUGGUCAAAGACUGUUUUUUCUCAGUAGUGCUAUAAAUUGCCAGUACUGCUACUAUAACACAUUUUAUUAAUUUUAACUUAUGGGACUACGGGAAGGCAAGAGCCAUGCUGACCUUAUGACUGAUUGUUCGUUGUUCAGAGCACUAUAUUUAAAUAAGUUUUGUUCCCAUUUGCUUAGAUGUCUUUAUUGUAGUGUAUGUUGUGUUUCCCCCUCCAGGCUCUUCUCACUGCUGUCACAUCCCCGUAUAUUGAAAUUCACGAAGGAACAAUCCUUCAGACUGUUAGAACUUGUUACAACAUUUAUCUAGCCAGUAAAAAUCUCAUUAAUCAAACAACUGCCAAGGCUACUCUCACUCAGAUGCUGAAUGUCAUUUUCACCCGGAUGGAAAACCAAGCUGUAUGUAGUAAAUGUUUAUCAAUCUGACUUUUAUGUACAUCAUUUAAUUGUUAUAUUACUGCUCCUUCUCCUCUGAGCUAUUGUCAUCUGAUUCAUAUUUGUAAGCAUGUUGCAGGCUUACAAGCUCCCUCUUUCCCACUUGCAUGCCAGUUAUCUCCUCUCUUUUCUGGUUUGUCUUAACCAUAGUUCACCAUGACGUCUCAAUCAGGCAGACCAUAGUUAGCAUCAACCAGGAAUUCCUGCUAAACCAUGGUUUGCAAAACUCACUUCAAGCCAUGAUUUCACAUCCAUAAUUUGGAGGCAAUUCCUAAUUUGUGCUAACCAUACUAGACCUUGUUCAGACAUCAAAGGAAAAAGCAAAUCAGAAAGAAGAGGAAGGACUCUUUCUCAAUUUUGAUGUUACAUUCUGGUCCUCCAAGCUGUGAUUUAGAGUAGGGAUGGAGAACCUGUGGUCCUCUAAAUGUCGUUGGACUCCCAACACCCCAGCCAGUAUGGCCAGUGGUCAGGGAUGAUGUCGUCCAACAACAUUUGGAGAACUACUCUUUUCCCAUCCUUGGCUUAGAGAAUAAGACCUCUGCUGUGUUGUGAGCUCACAGGUGAUCUUUUAUCAUGAACAUUAUAUGUGCCCAACUACUUCUUUGUUGUACUGUGGUUUUGCUGUGCUGUGAUUCCUCUCCAAAUAUAAGGAACUUUGCUAGCAAAGACAACUUGGAUUCCUUAAAAUCUGUUUUAAUUAAAUAUUUAUAGUCUGUACCUUGUAGACUUAAAUUUUCUGUAUGAUGGAACUCCAAAGUCAUCUUGGAAAAUAACCCUUACUGUCUUACAUAAAUGUUAAAACUGAAGGCCCCUGAAUUGAGCUGAUGCAAUAGGAAGGUGUGUGGUUUUUGAAGCAUGCUGCAUUAUUUGGUUCUGCCCCCUAUUGACUAUUACUUUGUUAUAUACCUGAUGAAUACAGUAUGUUUCUAUCUUGGUUGUUUAGAUACAAGAGGGAAGAGACCUGGAAAAAUCAAAUCAACAAAAACCCCAGUCUCCGAUGAUUCAUAGUGCUUCAGGGUCUCCCAAAUUUGGCCGAUUGAAAUACAGCCAGCAUGGAAGCAGACCCUCGACUCCUGUCAAAACAGACUUGACUAAUGGCGAGCCUGAAAGAAAAGAAAACGGAGACCAGAAACCAGAGGACAGUUUGACACCACCUGUAUUCGGUAAGAAAACUUCCUGUAUUGGGGCUGACUUAGGUUAUCAGCCAUAGUUUUAUGAAGUCGUGCCCAAGUUUGUUAUGUGCCAGUUUCAGCACAAAGAUCCUGGUUUAGCUUAAGCUGGACCGUUGCGUUACAUCCAGGGAACUCUGGCAUAAUAUUAGGUAACGGAUCAGGAAAAUAAGUCAGGAUCUGGCACUGAGCCUGGGUUCUCUGGUUCAGAUGCAGCAGAGAGCUCCAGCUUAAUGCAAGGCAGGGCUUUUCUGUUGAAUCUGGGAUGGGAUGGGAAGAUAGGGGAGCUAUGGUUUGGCAGCAUUCAAACAAUCUUCCAAGGCUUUACAAAGUAAAGUGAUUUGUCUACAAGGAUAAUGCUGAUUUACACUUCCUCUUAAGAUACUCUCAUAUAACUGAGAGCUGUUACAGCAGGGAUGGGGAAGCUAUGGGUCCUUCAGACGUUGUUGGAUCCUAACAUCUGUAUUCUCUUACCAUUGACCAUUUGGGCUAGCGCUGAUGGGAUCAUGAGUCUUGCCCCAUUUUAUGAUAUUCCCUUUUAAAAUGGUUAUGCAGUCACUUUCCUUUUAUUGCCUGUAUCACUUGCGUGGGUGGCGCUAUGGGUUAAACCACAGAGCCUAGGACUUGCCGAUCAGAAGGUCGGCGGUUUGAAUCCCCCCAACGGUGUUAGCUCCUGUUGCUCGGUCCCUGCUCCUGCCAAGUUAGCAGUUCGAAAACACAUCAAAAUGCAAGUAGAUAAAUAGGUACCGCUCUGGCGAGAAGGUAAACGGCAUUUCCGUGUGCUGCUCUGGUUCACCAGAAGCGGCUUAGUCAUGCUGUCCACAUGAGCCGGAAGCUGUCUGUGGACAAACACAGGUUCCCUUGGCCAGUAAAGCGAGAUGAGCCCCGCAACCCCAGAGUCGUCCGCGACUGGACCUAACAGUCGGGGUCCCUUUACCUUUACACUUGCCAAAAAAUGAUUCAAAUUGCCUCUGAUCUCAAACUGUAGUACUUGUUGCUUCAUCAAAGCUUUCAGCAGCAGGCUGGCUAUUUCUCAAAGCCUUGCAGCUCCGAGCAGUGUAAUUUAUCUGUAGGUAUCUCUAUCAAAUUGCAGCUUUUUGUGCCAAAUGUUAGUCUAAUGGAAUUGGGCAUCGUUAAAAAGUAUGUCGGAUAGGUGAAUGGUUGACAAAAAACCAUGCAAGGCAUUUUUUUAAAAAAAAGAAUCAAUCACAAUAAACAACUGCUAGAUUUUCCAGCUUAUUGGAUGCCAUGAUUUGUCAAGAUAGCUAAAAGCAUUUGUGUAGCUAUAGGGCAGGUGUGGCUGACUUGUGGCCAUCCAGAUGCUGAACCUCAAGUACUGUUCCUAAAUAGGACUCUAUUUGUUGAAGACUACUCUACAGAUUGCAGCAUCAGAAAAAAGAGAGAGAAUAAAUGUUAAUUAUGAGACCAAGCUAAUUGUGUUAAGAUAAAAACAAUAUUUUUACAUAUCGGUAAUAUUAAUCCUGAUAAUCUCUCUAUUAAAAUGUAAAAUCUUCUAUUUUGAUUCCUAUUUCUUGUUGGCUGAAGUAUAAUAAGUAGCUUGUCACCUGCUAAUAGAUCUCACUUCCUAGCUCAAAAUCUUGAACGUUAUCUCCUUUUUUAGUGGAUUCUAAUUGCCAACAUUUAUUUUUAAAAGUGUAUAUAGCAGAAAGUAUUGUGUUUGGCAUCAAAUAUAAGUUAUUUCAGAUAUCCAUUUGACAGAUAUUCUAGGAAAUGAUUGACAUAUUGGCCCAAUUUAAUAAUUGACUGCACCAAAACUGAUAUUUUUUUCUAGGAUGACUGAAGUAAGUACUCUGAAUCCCAAAUAUUUGUUCCCAUGUGUCUUUCAUUGGGAAGUAAAAAUUCUACCGUGGUGGGACUUCUUUAAUAGCCAUUGUAGCCCUAUUUUACUGAUACAAACACAGUUUUAGCCUUUGAAACUGACACCAGGUGAGUCCAAGUGCCUUGGUGUUCCACAAAGCAUUCUCUGACAUAGCAAUGUUACCAUACUGUGCUACUUGAUUCUUCAGCCUUGUGAACAGCUUGAUCAAAAUGGUUUUUCGGGUGACUUCCAUAAUAGCUAAGAACCACUGGAGCUUAGCCAUCCUUAAAAGAGGAGCACAGAGCAUAAUCAAUUUUCCCCUAAGAUCUAGCUCAAAAUAUAACAUGCUUAUCUAGUGAACUGACUUCCUGCUAUGUAGAGAGGCUCUGUCAAGGCCUGGCUCAGGUCUCAGUUUGGCCCAUGAGGCAGUUUUCCCCACAGCCACCUGAUGUCCUGUGUCCAGGUGAAGAUGCAUUUGCAAGGAACAUUUGGAAGCCUUAAAAUGCUUUUGAUAGUUCCUUGGCAAGUCAGGCUUGCUGUCAGUGCCAAUCAGUUAAUUGGUGGUAACAACAGACCUGCUGGAAUCGGCUGCUGUGUAGAGUUUCCCAUUGGAAACUCUAUAGUUCUGUCCAUACGUUCCCAUAGCAAGCUUGCUGUAAAUGUCAAACAGCUUUAGGGCUCCUGUGUGAAAUAAGUCUAAAUAUCUCUAAUCAGCUUUUCCUAACCAGGGCUUGUGCUCUCUCUGUGUGUAUGUGUGUACACACACACACACACACACACACACAACCUAAUCUCUGAUCUUAUGUAAAUUGUUGAAACCAUCUUUUAAAAGAGAAGGCUAAAUUGCAACAUUUUUCAAAUGACUUAUUGAUAUAUGUUUUAUCAGAAGAAGAAACUGAUGAAGGCAAAGAAAUUGUUAAAGGAAUCUUGGAGGAUGUGGUGACAUCUGCAGUUAGAGGUAAAAUUUCUUUGGGGAAGUCUCUGUCUUUCUUCAUCCCUUUACUAAGAGAUUGACUCAUUCUUAAAACCUUUCCUCCAAGACUACAAAUCCCGAGAAAAGUAUAUUAGAGUUCUGUGCAGGAGUAGCGUUAGUGACUUGCCACCGAUAGGAUUCUAUAUCUACUAAUCUCCCAUAUAUAAGAUAGGAUAAGUACUAUCUAAUCAUUUAGCAAUACUUUUCCCCCUUUCUUUUAGCUGGUGUGAAUGAGAUUAUAUAUCGAGGAUGCUGUUUAUAAAAAAAAUACUGCAUUUCCUCCCCUCCUGCAGCUUCUUUAGAAGAAGAAAUGAAAAAGCCGUCUCUUCCUGAAUCGGUUAGGAUUUUAUCUGACUUGGCAAGUGCAGUUCCUGCCUCUCCUGGUGGUAUUAAUGAAAACACACAAGCAAAUGGAAUUCCCGAUGAUAGACAGUCUGUCUCCUCCACGGAUAAUCUGGUAAGAGAUUUAAGUGUACAGUAAACGUAAUGCAAAGCUCCUAACAUUCUGAGAGUAUUUGGUAGGAGAUCAGUUGGACCACAGGAUACUCACAUACCAAAAUGUGUGAAAGGACAUAUCCCCACUACAGUGGUACCUCGGGUUAAGUACUUAAUUCGUUCCGGAGGUCCGUACUUAACCUGAAACUGUUCUUAACCUGAAGCACCACUUUAGCUAAUGGGGCCUCCUGCUGCCGCGCCACCGGAGCACAAUUUCUGUUCUCAUCCUGAAGCAAAGUUCUUAACCUGAAGCAAUAUUUCUGGGUUAGCGGAGUCUGUAACCUGAAGCGUAUGUAACCUGAAGCAUAUGUAACCCGAGGUACCACUGUACUUUAAUAGAUUUUCCAUAGAAAUGUGAUUUGGGUACAUAUCAUCAUUAAGUAUAGUAUGAAGCUUAAUAUAAUAUGACACUUAUAUGACAAUCCUUAUUCAGUCUUGUUCUUGAAAGCAAAGCCUUACUUUAUAACAGGGCUGCAAAAUAAAAAAAAGCUGCUUGAGACAAAGCAGGACCUUUAGUCAAUCUACCUCAGUUUUAUGUGCAGUGACAAAUAGCAACUUUCCAGGCCUAUCUGGAGAAGCCAGGGAUUGAACAUACGACCUUCUGCAUGCAGACCAUGUGUUCUACUGAGCUGUAGCCCUUCUGUAGUGGAAUGGUAAAGGCUUAAUUGUUUUCUACGUGCAGUUUAUUUUGCAGGGGGCUGUUGUGCUGAAUGUAACCAAAUCUGACAUUAUACACAGUUUUCCUUCUAUUCGAACAACUGCAUUUGAAUGUAACGCUAGACCUUGGUUGAAUAAUAUGAGACUGAGCCUGCGUGAGCCAUGGACUUAUGCACCUCUUUCCUCUUUUGGCAUGGCAAUACGAUCAGAAGCAUCUGCUUCUUCUUUUUAGAAGAGUUAGUUAAUAGUUGGGGGGAAACAGCUUCAUAAACUAUGGUUUGAAGGUGGCUGUGUUUCAAGAAACCAUAAUUAAGAUUUAUCAGUGUUUGUCUGAGUCCAGACAUCAUAAUAAGCUGUGCUUAAUUUGAAGUGCAUGCCUCAGAACUCAAGACUUGCACCCAUGCCAGAGGGGAGUGCACAAGCCCAAGGCUUACCCAGGCUUGAUCCCAUAAUCAUGGUGCAGCAUUACAUCUGAGCAAGACUUUUAUUUCCUUUUUAAAAUUGAUCUCAACAAAACAUAAGUGUAAUUCAAAUGCUACUUGUUCAUAUGUGUUUGUGGCUGAAUCAAAACUAACUCUUUUGUUUCUUUGUCUAGGAAACUGAUGUACCUGGACCUCAGGCAGCUGCCAGAUUCUCCCAUAUCCUUCAGAAGGAUGCCUUCCUUGUGUUUCGGUCAUUGUGCAAGCUUUCGAUGAAACCGCUUGGUGAUGGGCCUCCAGAUCCCAAGUAAAAAAGAAAAUAUUACAUUUAUUGAUUUGUACACUAUCCAGAAUGAGACCUGAAGUAACACAGUUCAAAAUGCAUUCAUAAUUUAAUUAGCUAUGAAGCUGCAUGUAUGGUUGCUUUGGUGUAUAGUAUAUUGUAGCAUUACUUAUCUUGGGUGUAAACCUUCCUCAUUUAUGAAACUGCUAAGUCAUGUUUUUCUAAAGUGAUCCAUGAUUGCUGGACCACGUCUGAAUUCUGAGACAUGCCCAAGGGAACAGCUGCAUGCCUUGACUUCAAAGAGACACAAAACAUAUUAUUCUCUCCUCUGCAGCAGGGGGAUACUAACUUUGGUAUAGGUUCACUACUUGAUUUGUACAUUUGCUGUCAAGUAAGAUUUGUGUGUGUCUGAGAGAGAGAGUGAAAUGUAAGUUGUAGAGAUGCCAGAAGGCUUAGGGCUGUGAUAUGAUUCCGGCUGACAGAAAUUGCUGUAUUUCUUCUGCUGGGAAAUGAAUGAAGGUUCAAAGGGAUUCAGGAUCUGUAAAGGGCAUGAUAAAGUUUGAUGCCUUUAGUGGAACUAAGUGACCCUCAAGCAUUGUUAGCAUGCAAUGCUGUCCAGGGUGUGUGAGUGUGUGUUUUAUUACAAAGGAAAGGAAAGGUUAAAGGUUAGCUUCUUUGUUAAGUGUGGUGAAAUCAUCUUAAAACUACUCUCUCGUGAACAUUGAAAGACAAUCAAAUGUUUUAGUACAUCAGAAAAGCUCUAUAGUCAAUGUUGCAUCCUCUACACACAUACACCCGGCCCGAUUCUAUGCACUGCCACUAACAUCACUCCUGACCCUUGGCUAUGUUGGUUAGGUCUGACUGGAAUUGGAGUCCGUGAGAUCUGGAGGACAUCAUGUAGGGCAACCUUUACUCUUAUAACAUACGAAGAGCUUAUAACAAGAUAUUGUUUUGACUCUGUUCUUCUGCUUACUAUUUUUAGAUCCCAUGAACUACGCUCUAAAAUAGUGUCUCUCCAGCUGUUGCUUUCGGUUUUGCAAAAUGCUGGUCCGGUCUUCAGGACACAUGAAAUGUUUAUAAAUGCAAUCAAGCAAUACCUCUGUGUAGCAUUAUCUAAAAAUGGAGUAUCGUCCGUUCCUGACGUCUUUGAGCUCUCCCUUGCCAUCUUCCUCACCCUUCUCUCAAACUUUAAGACCCAUUUGAAAAUGCAGAUUGAGGUAAGAAGGUUUUGUUUUUUCUUCUUGCUUCAAAUGCUUGAUACUCUCCUUAAGUUCAGUUCAGUAGUAAUAUGAAACUGUCUCUGCAUAUGGAUCAUGAAUCAACCCUGUAUGUUCUGUAUUUGAAUGUGUGUGUGUGUGUGUGUGUGUUUGUGUGUUCAGAACUUUUAACGAUAUCCUUGAAUGUACGCCUGGGUUACAGACCUUGCUCCUACUUUUCCUAUUUGUAUUCAACAGGUAUUUUUCAAAGAGAUCUUCCUGAACAUUUUAGAAACCUCUUCUAGUUCCUUUGAGCACAAAUGGAUGGUAAUUCAGACCUUGACUAGAAUUUCUGCAGGUAAUUUUAUAACAUCAUCAAGAAAUUUUCCUUUUCUGCUUGUUUAGAAUAUCAAGAAUGAAUAGAAGAAGUAAGUAUAGGCAUACUGUAUAGAAGUAAUAACAAAAUAAAUAUAUCUAGAGUGCCUUGAGGCAACACAUCCACAAACACCAUACACACUAAAAAUAUUAGUCUGGGCACUUUUUUGUUGGAAUCGUUGGAAUGUGACCUGAAGUAUUUCCCAAACGUAGCUGCUAAGACACUAUGAGGUUGGUGGAGCCCAGGAGAAACAAGAGGGAAUGAGAAGUACAGUAGCCCUGUGAAAAUGUCAGGUGGAGCAGGAGGGAAUAAAAGCAGCUAAUGUAGUGUCUUUCACUGUGCUAAGUGUUUUGCAGUAUUUAUCCCCGUAACUAGUGGGAAGUCUGCUAAAGACUGGUGGUGAUUGGUUCAAGGUAAUCAAUCCACUGUGCUUUCUGGCUAUGCAGGGACUCUCUCAUGUCCAGUUUAGCCAAAGGGCAGACACUGGAGACGUUUGGAAUAUAGAGGCAAAGAAGUGGUGGAAAAAGGGGUCUUCAAGGGGUUUGGAUGCCAACUGAGUAUUUCCUGCCUUCCAGCAGUGGCUGGUGGGGUGGGGUGGAGCUUCCUUCCUGACUCCAAAAUUGCUGGAUGUGGCAGGCAUGGGGCAUUGUGUGACAAGGUCAGAGUUGCACCGAUGCGCCAUCGGAGCAAGCCUGGCUCUCCCACCAGUGCAUAUGCACAGCCCUAGUCUUGCUUUUUGCUACUAGUGCGGGCCUUUUUUGAUGUGGGGGAAAUAGUUCAGAAAAUGUAAUCCAGUUCUGAUAUAAUAAUGCAAACAAUGGCUUGCAUUAUCCCUUCCUCACCCUUUUCCCCAGUUCGUUUCAUAGGUAUUAAAUGGGGGGGGGGGGAAUCCUGUCACAAUAGUCUGUUGUCUGCAUACAUUCUUCCCAGACAACUCAAUUUUCAUAAUCUAAUUUUUGUUUUGUUUUGUUUUAGAUGCUCAGUGUGUGGUGGACAUAUAUGUGAACUAUGACUGUGAUUUGAAUGCUGCUAAUAUUUUUGAACGGCUAGUAAAUGACUUAUCUAAAAUUGCCCAGGGAAGGAGUGGACAUGAGUUAGGCAUGACACCGCUGCAGGUAAGACCCAUCCGUGCAAUUCCCACUGUGUUCAGUUAAGUAUAUUGGCAGCCUUGUAUUAGUAUCUUGUAUGUAUUCCAUCCACUUGUCCAUUUGCUCGCAAAGAGUUUAGGAGUGCACUUAGUUUCAUGACAAUCGAACAUGGAGCCAAACUUGAGUAGAAGUGUAAAGCAAUGCCCUUGAAGAUAACUCAGAAACUGGUCCAAAAUGCAGCAGCCAGAUUACUGGUUGGGUUUCCAUUUAGAGCUCACAUAAUCUCAAUUUUUAAAAAGCUGCAUCGGUUAUCGCAAGCUUCCUCUCACUCGGCCCUCCAGAUGUUUUUGGCCUACAACUCCCAUGAUCCCUAGCUAGCAGGGCCAGUGGUCAGGGAUGAUGGGAAUUGUAGUCUCAAAACAUCUGGAGGGCCGAGUUUGAGGAAGCCUGAGUUAUUGGUUGGUUCCCAAACCAAAUUCCAAGUCUUUGCAGUAGCAUUUAAAGGCAAAAACAACUUAGGCCCCAAAUAGCUGAAAGGCUAUGGCUUUUUUUGUUUUUUGUUUUUAAUAUUCUGAGGUUCCAAAGAUCUCGACCUGUUUACAUCGUAAUUGUUCUUUCUCCACAUAUUUUGCGCACAGGAACUAAGCCUACGGAAGAAAGGUCUUGAAUGUUUGGUCUCUAUAUUAAAGUGCAUGGUAGAAUGGAGCAAAGACCUAUAUGUGAACCCCAACCAUCAGGCCAGCGUUGGUGAGAAAUCAAUCCUUUUCUGUAUCCAAAACCCUACUUAAAAUAGCUGGAAGCCGGAGUGAAAUGAUUUGUGGCUUCGUACAUGUUACCUAAAGCCGGCUUCUUAUUUUAGACCUUGUAUUAUCAGAGAAUUAGAAUUUGCUGGUGCAAGUUUUGUGACUUUUUAAUAUCGGGGGAUUGCCAGUGAAUAAUUAAGAACAUAAGAAGAGCCCUCCUUGAUCAGGCCAAAAUCCAGCAUCCCAUUCCCACCAGCUGCUUAUUGGAAGCCCACAAGCAGGCCCUGAACGCAAUAGCACCCUCCCCACUUGCUCUCAUGGAUUAUCAAGAUGAAAGAUCCCUUUGUGAUUGAGCAACUGUGGCUCUUUAUCUAGAUCAGAGGUGGGAAACUGGCCUGCCCCCUGUGGGCCAUUUUUGACAGAUGGGCAUGGCAACCCAUGUCAAUCAUACAACUUCAGGUAGUAUGAAUCUCAGCCCCUGGCAACUGGUAGAGGUCUAUAUCUGAUCCUAGUGGCGUGGGGCUACUGUGUUUUAUCUCCAAUCUUUGCACUGUGGUGCCUAGGAUUGAAAUCACUUAUCUCCAGUCUUGGCACGUAAUGCUUGGAUUGGAGAUCACAGGUGUCCAUGCAUGAUGUCAUAUGACGUCAGCUGACUGACAGGUGGGCAUGCUUUGCCCAGAAUGGUCUCUGGGUCAGAUUCAGAGUACCUCAAUACUCCCUGCAGGAAGACAACUUCUGAACUGGUAGGAAACUUGGAAGAUAGUGGCUGGGUGUAUUGGCUUACCUCUUGAGCUGUGUCUAAGACCACAAGGCUGGUGUGAGUGUCCGUCCAUUUGCUUUUACUUACGCAUUAUUUUGGAAUAUGUGUUUACGUCCCUUUUCUUACAUGCAGGUCCAGACAAGCCUUCAGAACAUGAAAUGGGGGAAGUCAAAUGUUUAGAUAUUGGGGGAAGAAGAAGUAGUGCAAGCUCCUUAGAUUCAACAGUCUCCUCUGGAGUUGGAAGUGUUGGCACCCAGACUGCUGUCCCUGAUGAUCCUGAACAAUUUGAGGUGAUCAAGCAACAAAAAGAGAUAAUUGAGCACGGGAUUGAACUGUGAGUUGAACCCAUUGCUAAAAUAGCUUUAAAAUGGCUUUUCUAAUUGAACUUUUUAACUUUUUACUGCUUUAUUUGCUGUGCAUAUUAAAAGUAAGCUGGUACCAAGCAAUCGACAAGAGUUGAACUUCAGAUUGGUGCCAAAUAAUUUAUUGCAUUGAGUGUUUGGCAUUUGUGUUCAUUCAGUAAAUUUCCCAUUUUUCAGAAUACGUAAGAAUGCAAAUGUGAAUUUUAAUCCGUUUUAGUAUUUUAACUUCUUGUAUCUUUUAAUGUACUGUAAUUUUUUUCCAGAUUUUAUGAUUUUAUAUUUGAAAAAACCCUGGAGCGGCUUACAAAAUGAAGCAGUGCAUACAUUUUAGGAAAUACGUAAAUGUUCAACAAAGAUUGUUAAACAUUUCUGUUUAGUUGAUUUAACACUUCUGUGCCUACUGAGCCAAUUCCAUCCAACUGAGCAAUAUGUUAAAAUCAGUAACUCCUUCCCAAUUGUUUUGUCCAUUCUUACAACUUGUAGAACUCCCUUUAAAAGGAACACCUGCUUUCUGGUUUUUUGUGGCUACAUUAGCCAUUAAUAUCCCUUAAAAUUAUACAGUGCUGUCAGUAUAUUUCUGUAUGAAGUUCUGGGAUUUCCAGUUCAGGUUUAACUCUGGUUUGUAGUUCAUAAGUUUUUAACUGUACAUUUUAGAAAGGGGCCUGCUAGGGCUGCAAGGGAAGUCAAAAUAUAAUAAAACUAAUAACAAUUAUGCUAAACCUAAUUGUUUUCUGACAUUUUCUGUCAGUGUUUGAGAGUCCAGGAGACUGUUUUUCUGCAUCAGAUUGAUAUAUCCUUUUCCUCCUUGUCCUGUCUCUAAACUAUAGGUUUAAUAAAAAGUCCAAGAGAGGACUGCAGUAUUUGCAGGAACAGGGAAUGCUUGGAGUAACAGCAGAAGACAUAGCACAGUUUCUGCACCAAGAAGAGCGCCUGAGUUCUGUAAGGCUGAAUAUUACAUUGUUCAAAAAUUACACGCUUUUGUUAAUGCUAUACACAUACAUGCUUUUCUCAGCUGUUUCCGUGUGGGGAUGUGAGUGUGUAAAUAUCACACUAAUGAGGCUUUUGGCGGCGUUUCGGGACCAGGCAUUGAUAAGCAGAUUGACAGCUAAUGCUACUUAAUAGAGUGACAAAUGUCCUUAAUCACUUCAUUAUAAUUAAUUAAAUUUGUAUAUGCCUUUCAUUCAGAGAUCACAGGGCAGUUCACAACAUAAAGUGAACGUGAUGGUGAAACAUGAUGAUUUUGUAAUGUAAUAUAUUUGGAUUGUAAGAGGGGAAAUUAUCAAAGUCGCCACCUUUACAAUAUUUCAUACAUUUCUCUUUCUUUCUUUGCUUUGUUUUCUGUUAGAGCCAGGUGGGAGACUUUCUGGGGGACAGUAACAAGUUUAACAAGGAGGUGAUGUACGCCUACGUAGACCUACUUGAUUUCUGCGGAAAAGACUUUGUCUCUGCUUUACGCAUAUUUCUGGAAGGAUUUCGGUUACCUGGUGAAGCUCAGAAGAUUGAUAGACUAAUGGAAAAGUUUGCUGCUAGAUAUAUUGAAUGCAACCAAGGGUAACUUGAAAGAUAUUGGCAAAUCAUAAUAGAAAUGAGUGCAUUUUUGGAAGCAGCGGUUGGGAGAAGAUAUAGUUUAGUAAGACGAGCCAGGUAGCCUUACUCAUCCAGCUCAUCAAGCAAAAGCAAUUUGUAGAAUACCAUGCAUAGAAUACCAUAUUAUUAAAAAAUAGGAUAUGGCUGACAUAUUAUAAAAGCAAAACCUUUCUGUUGCCAGACCAUAGAAUCCUAAGAAAAUUAGGGAAGUGUAUCUGUACCUAAGGGAGAACUGAUUCAUAAGCUGAUGUUGCUAUUCUGGGGUUAGUGGCCGUAUAUUCCAGGCAUUGCAUCAGGGCUUGGGGGACUCCUAACUUUUAGCAUCCUCAACACCUUGUUUUUAUUAUAUAUGAGAAUUUCCCCCCUCCCCAAUCAAUUAGAACUUGGCAGCAACUUUGAAAGAAACCAACCGGAAGCCGGAUUUGAUGAAUACUUCAGACAGGACCACCUUACACAGAAUAAGUUCACUUCUUCCUGACAUAGCUUAAGUCACGUAUCCAGUAGGAAUGUUUAAGGCUCUUUAUUAUUUACACACAUACACUUGCAUCAUGAACAUUAUGUUUCAGUUCCAGUAAAAAAUGGUAUUAAAAACAGUAGAAAAAUAUAGUAGAUUUAAAGCAUUUUCUCCGAUUCCCACACUCUUACUGGGAAUUUGUGCAAUAAGAUAAUUGAAUAUCAUAAAAACAAAGCAUUUUUUUCUCCAUCCUCAAAACUCUAGGCCUAAAAAUAAAUUUAAAACUAAUUGUUUCUUUUCUGCCUGCCUCGCCUCAAGGUACUCAUUUUUUUCCUGACUGACAUUAUUUCCAGUGUUUCAGAACAAUCAAGGUCAGUGAUUAGGCCUCAGACAGGGCAAGGGUGCACAGAGAAUGCUGAAACACAAAAUUCAGAGACAGACAAACCAUGUUCCUUGCUCUCAUUUCUGUCAGGUCAGGACAAUGACCAUUUUUUCUGAUGGAAAACUGGUAAGGGGUACCGCACCUGAAUUAUCUUCUUUUUUUAAAAAAGCCAUUCAUACAAUCAGUAAUUGCCUUAAUGGCACUACAUCUGGUUUGACCCUUGAUCACUGGGGAGGCAGUGGAUUUGGAAGAGCUCAGGAAGAAUCUGGCUGCUGGUUCCCAGUGCUAGAUAUUCUGCAAGCAUAGCUAUUUUCUGGAUGAACAUAGUGAUAAUUGUCCUACUUGGCAGUUCCCUGUUGAUAUUUUGCCAAAUUGUUAUGGACUCCAGAGCAGUCUAUAGUCACAGCUCAGUGAACAGCGUCUACAUUUCAGUAGGAAAUGCUAUAAUAGAGUUUCUAAUGGUGUUUUGAAAAUGCACACAUGAAGAGAUGAUAAUAACAAUACCCUAGGAUUCUAAAAACCUGAUUUUCUUUCUUUUCCAGUCAAAUUCUGUUUGCUAGUGCCGACACAGCUUACGUUCUAGCAUAUUCUAUUAUAAUGUUGACAACAGACUUGCACAGUCCCCAGGUAUGUGUGUAUCUAUAUAAUGAUACAGAAUGGUUGCAAAUGGGCUUCUACGUAACUCAAAACUUCUUUACCAGCUUUUGACUGUUUUGCCAUAACAGGUGAAGAAUAAGAUGACAAAAGAGCAAUAUAUAAAAAUGAAUCGUGGAAUCAAUGACAGCAAAGACCUUCCAGAAGAGUAUUUAUCUACUAUCUAUGAUGAAAUAGAAGGGAAGAAAAUUGCAAUGAAGGACGCGAAAGAAUAUGCAAUCACACCAAAAUCUACUAAGCCAAGUAUGAUGUUUUAACCCUGAACCCUCAAUAAUCCUAGGCUUUUGGUUUAGUAUGUUUUCAUUGUUCAACUUGCUAACUUCCUAUUGUUGGCGCAGAAGAUACUUAGAAUAACCAAGGCGGUAUGGUGGACAGAGGAUAUGGCCUAAGGAAGUCUGGUUUCAGAUCCUUGCUCUGUCAUCACUCGGCUCACUUUGGGCCAGUGUAUCUUUUAGCCACAGCUGCCUCAGAAAGUUGUUGUGAGGGUGAAAUAGUCUUAACUCAUAUGCUGCCAGUCUGGGCUUCUUGGAGGAGGAGCUGGUUCCAGAUGUUGUGGAAACAAGAGGGAAAUAGUCUGUUGCUGGUCUGGCUGACCUUGCAUUGGAGCAGGUGCUUUAGACUUUGCAGGCUUCCUUUCCUGCCCCAAAUUCCCCUUCAAAAAUUUUGGACUACAACUCCCAUCAUCCCACCAUGCCUAUUGACCAUCCUGACUGGGGCUGGUUGCAGUUGUUGUUCCAAACAUCUGGAGGACACCAGGCUUGUUCCAGGCCUAUGAUUCUGUGUUCGCUGAAUGUUCAGCAGCACACCUCUGUUUACCUGGUGGAGUUAGGUGGGAGAUUGUUUCAAGCUGACAUAUAAAGUCCUUUUACUUCAUGCUGUCUGUAGAAGAUUGAAAUGAGAUAAACAGCAUGCUCCUGUACUUAUCUACUCAGUAGUAAGUCCCACUGAGUCCAAGAAGACUUGCUGCCAGGUGCAUGUAUGUAGGAUUGCAGCCUAAAAGUCAAACCACUGCCACAGGAAAGAGAAAGUACAGGAAUAUAGCUGCUUAAAACAGAUGAUCUCUUCUUAAUGCAAAGCUCAGUUGAGGAGGCUCAGAUGAGGGGAAUGAGAUUCUUGUGGCUGCCUCAGAGGAAAGCUUCACUGGCAUGUUAAGCCGCCCACCCUGCUGGGUGAAGUGAUUCCUAAGGGCUGGGCUUAAGAAAACUGUAGUCACCGAGUGGUCAUUCUUCCCACAUCAUCAUCAUCAUUUUAUUUGUAUGCCGCCUUUCCACAGUUAAAACAAUGCUCAAGGCGGCUAAAAUAUGAAAAGAUUUACAUAGUUACAAACAUAGCAAAAUAGUCAUAAAAAUAAAUAAAACACAUCAAAACUACAUAACCAAACUGAACAAUUUCCACAUAAAAAUUAAGAUACAAAAAAUAACAAUAAAGGCAAAAACUCCCAACAAAACUUUCCACAAAAUACCCCAUCAAGUGUCUCCGUUCCCUUGGGGAUGUCUUUUUCUGCACCCCCUCCUCCCAUCACGACCCAGAUAAAGCAGUAGUAAUGGUAGUAACAGUAAAGCAUAUUACGUAUGGCUGGGUCUAAGUGAACAUUGGUAACAGUCCUCUGUUACCUCCUUCAAAAAGCUGUACUGGGAGCUGUGGCAGCAGAGCAACACUGACAGCAACCGUUGCUCACUCAAACACUGCAGGAUUUCUUCACAUUUACCUGAGGGAACAAAGCAAUUUGUGGCAGUUCUUUUCCCCACUUCUGCAACAGGGUAAAAAAAGGUGAAAAUGAAGCAGCACCAAAAGCCUUAUUUUCUUGCUACACCUGCUUGGGGCCAGCCAGAGUAACACAACUUGAAUAGUGGGUCAUUUGCCACUUCUAAAAUGGUAGAUAAGGUUGAAUCAGCACUGGUAAGCAUCAUGACUUCAUCAAGGAGUAAGAGUAUAAUUGUUAUAAUGUUUAACUGAAACUGAGAGUUUCUGAAGGAAUGAUAUGGUCUGAGUAUGAAAUGUAUGAUUUAGAUUGGUCUUUUCUGGGAAGUGAAGCAGAAACAUAAUGAAAAUGGAUUUAUUAUAUCCUUAGUAUUUAAUAUGUUCAAUUAUGCAUGGAUUUCUUAAGUUGCACAUAAAUUUCUUGGUGGAUAUGGGAAGAAGGAUUUGUUUUUUAAAGACUACAUACUCUUGAUUUGUCUGGAAUGUGGCGUAGGUGUGCCAAAAGAUAUUUAAUGCAGCUUUGUGGGGGGUUUGGGUUUUGUUUUUUUUAGAUGUAGCCAGUGAGAAGCAGCGAAGGUUGUUGUACAACCUGGAGAUGGAGCAAAUGGCAAAGACAGCUAAAGCUCUAAUGGAGGCAGUGAGCCAUGCAAAGGCACCUUUUACUAGUGCAACUCACCUGGAUCAUGUCAGGCCCAUGUUCAAAGUGAGUAUGGAACUGAAGUUAUGGAAACCAGAAGUCAGACUUCCUAAGCAUCCUUCUGUCUUGGGACCAUAUUUGCACAGCAUUCAUUUAAGAAACAGCGGGUUUGCGGGGCUGUGCAGUGAUAGACUUAACAUGUGUGAAAUAACAGAGGGGAGAAGGUACAGUCAGAAGAUAGUCAAGAAUGUCGAAAAUAUUGUAAUGUUCCUGGUCUAUGUCACAUGAUGUACAACAGUUCCUUUUUUACUUGAGUUAUGUCUACAUUAAAUAACUUUCUGGGGCAAAAUAUAGUUGGGUUAAAAAAGCCAAAUUGACUAAAGCCUCCCCCUUCUUCCUCUCCCCAUCCUUUUUUUAAUAGCUUGUGUGGACUCCAUUACUGGCUGCUUAUAGCGUGGGUCUUCAGAACUGUGAUGACACUGAAGUUGCAUCAUUAUGCUUGGAAGGAAUACGCUGUGCCAUCCGAAUAGCCUGCAUUUUUGGCAUGCAGGUUGGUAUAGAGUAGGCUUGCUGUAUGUAGUAAAGGUAAAGGGACCUCUGACCAUUGGGUCCAGUCAUGGCCGACUCUGGGGUUGCAGUGCUCAUCUUGCUUUAUUGGCCGAGGGAGCCGGCGUACAGCUUCUGGGUCAUGUGGCCAGCAUGACUAAGCCGCUUCUGGUGAACCAGAGCAGCGCACAGAAACACCAUUUACCUUCCCGCCACAGUGGUACCUAUUUAUCUACUUGCACUUUGAUGUGCUUUCGAACUGCUAGGUUGGCAGGAGCAGGGACCGAGCAAUGGGAGCUCACCCCAUCGCGGGGAUUUGAACCACCGACCUUCUGAUCGGCAAGUCCUAGGCUCUGUGGUUUAACCCACAGCGCCACCCGCGUCCCUGCUGUAUGUAGUAGGGGUGUGCAAAAAGAGCUGUAUGAAUCCUCAACCCAGGAACCAAAGCCUUCUGUCAGAUUUGGGGCUUGUUUGAGCCAAAGCAAGAUCUCUCCAAAAUGCACUGAACUAGAGAUCUUCAGGGUGCUUCAGAGAUUUUGAUGUUUAGAAAACACUGCAGAAUAUCCACCCUAUUCCCUUUUCACCUGCUUUAAAAGAUUAUUCCAUCCACAGAACUCUUUCUUGUCUGGAGCCAUAUCCAAGUUAGUCACAUGCCAUCACUGAGUAACAUGCCAUCUUCACUCCAUGUGCUUAUUUCCUGAGAUACAUGUUUUUAGUGGGGGUGAGGAAUGCAGCAUGCCUGUCUUUUACCAUGGUUUAUUUCUGCUUCUGAAUUUUCCUUCUUACAUUUUAGCUUGAACGAGAUGCUUAUGUGCAGGCACUUGCCCGCUUUUCCUUGUUGACUGCCAGCUCCAGCAUCACAGAAAUGAAACAGAAAAACAUAGAUACAAUUAAGACCCUCAUUACAGUGGCCCACACUGAUGGCAACUACCUUGGAAAUUCCUGGCAUGAGGUAAGAAAGCAUGUGCGCCUUUGCUGUGUGCUGUCAAUUUUGAAGAAGUGUUGCUGUAUCUGACUGAUCUGCUGAUACAGGUUCUACGUAUUCAUGCAUUUCCGUAGUCUCAGAAUUGAUGCAGAAAACCUCUCAUUGCAUUUAUAUGAGGAACCAAUCCCAGUGGGGCUUGCAUUUGGCACCAAAUUUUAACAGUGCCAAAUAAGAGUCCUGCUUUCCAAAGAGCAAUUGGAAUUGCAUUCUGAUAUUCUAGAUGGUUCCUUUGAAGCUGUGUCUUUCUCUGCCGCACACUUGACAUAAUGUAUGACAACAUGUAUGGGGUGGGCGUGGCUUGGGGAAAACAGUCUCGCUGGGCCUAAGGAGAGCUAGACGUUCUCCACUGCUAAAGUACACAAAGCAAUUCUGUGAACGUGCCCUUCUCAUUGCCAAGCCUAGGAAAAGUGAAUUUCAAGACAGCAUCAACUUUUCUGGGAUAUGGGGGUUUGAGGUUCCUUGAGAUAGGCUUGUCAAAAGAAACCAAACAUUUAUUUCUCCAUAACUGCCUUCCACUUUUCAAAAUGGCUUAUCUGUUUCCUUAAAGUGCUAAUUGGCUCUGUCUGCUAGACAGAGGACCCACAAUGAAGUAUCAAAUCCUCUCUACCUGCCCAACUAUAUAUUAGGUGGAUUGUAAUUCCAUGGGUUUAACCUACCUGGUCCUGAAAUAGCAUUGCAAAUUUAAUCCUGCUGCCCCAUGACUUUAUUGGGCCAAUGUGCCAAGAGCUAUAUUUUGGGGAAGAAGGGAUUGUGGCUUUGGGGAAGAAGGGAUUUCCAAUUAAAAUGAUCGGGUAGGAAACUCCUUUGGCUGAGAACCCAAAGAGCUGCAGCCAUCCAUAGUAGACAGGAAUUGGCUUAUUGGACAAUCUCGCCUGGAUUGCAUACAUAUGUCAGAACUGCAGUUUUUGAAGUGGAGCAGUGGAAGUGCAUGCACAGCAGUUCCUUAGCAUUAGAAGUGAAUGGGAUGUGUCUGACGAUGUGGAGUGUGGCAUUUGCAUUGGAGGUAUUUUCUUGGUUCUGCAAUCUGUAGUUGCUGACUUCAUUACUGAAAUGCGCAUUUGUUUUCAUUAGAUCUUGAAAUGUAUCAGCCAGCUGGAACUAGCACAGCUCAUAGGGACUGGGGUUAAAACACGCUACCUGUCUGGAUCUGGGCGCGAAAGAGAAGGGAGCCUCAAAGGCUUCACAUCUGGAGGAGAAGAGUUCAUGGGUCUUGGACUAGGUGAGAAGAUUAGCCUUGACUCUGUCUGUUCUCAUGCCUAAGGAUCCAGGUUAAUUAAAUAAAGGCAUUUGUCAUCAUAACAAAUUACCUGUUUCUUGAUUUCAGACUGCUUUAAACUUAAAGACCCCCUGUUUAAAGUAAUUAAUGACAGUGGCUUAUUGAAUUGCUGGUUUGGAAAUAAGAAACAAAGGUAGAUGAUUAGUCAUAUAUAGCUCAUGCGGGGUGAUAUAUAUAUUCAUGUCAUUUUGAGAACAGGAAAUAAAGCUUUCCUUAACUAUUGUAUCACAUACAAUACAGUAUUUUAUAAGAGGACCACUUUGGUGGGUGAAUUCUCAGACCGCUAGAUGCUGUUAUUCUUUGAGCCUGUUCCUUUGCUUUUAUAGUCUAUAAUUCAGCUGGUAUUGGUAAUAUAUUUCAUGUUAGAUUUAACAAUUAUUGUUGGUUUCUUUCUAACUAGGUAACUUCGUUGGCGGAGGUGUUGAUAGAAGGCAAAUAGCCAGUAUUCAGGAAUCUGUGGGAGAAACCAGUUCGCAAAGUGUGGUGGUGGCAGUAGACAGGUAUUACAGUGACCUUUAAAAAAAAAAGAAAUAUUGAAAGGCUUACUAUCACUAUUAUCACAACAGGCUGUGGCACAGGUUUUUAGAUAAACCAUAAUUUUAACUCAAGCUUAUAAAAUUAGCAGUUUCCUGGUCUCUGAUGCAGAGUAGUUAAAGAUAUGAAAGAAAGGGAUUGAAUGGGGAUCAGAAGUUGGGACUUGAGAGCAGAGAAAUUGUCUUUGCUAUUGUUGGAUGCUCCUGGCCUGCCCCUCUUAAAAACAGCACGGCACAUUUUUCCCUUCCAUAAUUAGUUUGGAGUUGCAUGAAGUGAAGACUUUCCUAUUGCAGUUAUUGGUAUGAUUUUUAUAUACACACAUAUAUACAUUUACACAUAUACAUAUAGUUUUAAAUUCUAUCAAUGUUUAAUUGUUUUUAAUUAUUGUUUCUUUUAUGCUUUUAACAGUUCCUAUUUUUUCUGUAUGCUGCCUUGAGCCCCAUCAGGAAAAACAGUUUCUUCAUUCUAGCAUCACAUAAAUUUACGAUAAUAUGUACAGUAAUGGGCUUUCCCAAAUGUUCUGCAUCUUGAAAAUUAACUCUAUAUCUCAAUUUAUCCCAUAGAAUAUUUACAGGUUCAACCAGACUGGAUGGAAAUGCAAUAGGUAUGUAUGUUGGGGGGGGGGGAAAUAUCCUAAGGCAAAUAAUAAUUGCUUUGUACCAUUUCAGGCUUAUUGACAUGUUUGGUCUCAAAAUUUUCAGUGGACUUCGUUCGGUGGUUGUGUGCUGUUUCCAUGGAUGAGUUAGCUUCCCCUCACCAUCCACGCAUGUUCAGCUUGCAGAAGAUUGUUGAGAUCUCCUAUUACAACAUGAACAGAAUUAGGCUGCAGUGGUCCAGGAUAUGGCACGUCAUUGGAGAUCAUUUCAAUAAGGUAUUUCAGCAUUUGAAACCUGUUUCCCUUUCUGGUUCAAACACCAAGGUUAGCAUGCACACAACUGCUUCAUUUCAAGACCCAUCAAAUUUACAUGGCAAUCUCUGAUGGCAUAAAAUGAAAUAUAGACUUAGAUUGAACAAGAUGGACUUGGAAUCCAUUCUGCCCACACUACUAGGUAGAAAAAUAUUGCUGGCAGGUCCUAUAUAAAGCUUGACUGGCAAAACUGCAACUCUGCAAAGGCACACCCUUUGUUAUUAGGAAGAUCCAAGGGGCCUGGAGGUGACGUGCAGCACUUGGGCAAAACUACAGACCAUUUUUAGCAUAGACACCAAUUUAUGUUGGACAUGACUUAUUUCUUGGCCAGACCUCAUGAGUCACACAGCCUUGGAAUUUAGAUGAUCCCAAAUAUGAAAUUGGAACAGUGUUAAGAAAAUGUGUUAAGCCUAUAAGAAGAAACAAGAAGUUUAAGAAGUUGAAAGCCCUUUAGGGUGUGGUUGGACUUCCUAUUUUCAAGCAUGGACAGUUAGCUUUCUCCCUUACUGCUCCUUGUCAGCGCAAACAGGCUUGGUGCGAUACAGAGUCUGCAUUUCGUUUUUCCUUCUUUUUAAAAUAUAUAGCCUUUUAUAUUACCACGUGUCUUUCCUUAAUGACUGGCUUGUCAUAAUUGUGCUCAAAGUUUCUGGAUUUAUGUCUUGAUCAUAAACAAAAUUACAGGGAAACAAACACUAUUCCGAUUGAUGAUAUUUACUGCCAAGCUCAUUUUGAUACUCUGCAAAGAUUUGGGACUGAUGUAUUUUGAGAAUACCUUGAUCGGGGUGGGAGUGGGGGGCCUGUUUCUGCCCACGGCCAAUCUUUAGGGGGCACAUGCCAGCUAUGGGCAGAGGCAAAAGGGGCUGGGGCAGUGGGCAUGAGUUACACCUUUUCGUAGUGGGUUGCAUUCCAUCCUGGCAAAAGUACUCAAGGAGGGUCUAGAGCAGGGCCACUGAGUAGGGAUGGUCUGUGAAGGAGAGGUUGCCUGGGAAGUGCGGCAUAGCUUAGGAAGAGUUCCAGUGGCUGAAUAGAGAGACCCAGAGGGCCUGAGGUUCCCCAGUCCUGCCCCAGGCUGUUUCUGACUGUCUUGCUAGUGGCAUCAUGCCAGUCGUUGUUCUAUGGACCAAUCAGGUUGCAGGGCUGUAUUUGUAUACAGUGGUACCCCGGGUUACAUUUGCUUCAGGUUACAUACGUUUCAGGUUACAGACUCCUGAAAUAGUACCUCGGGUUAAGAACUUUGCUUCAGGAUGAGAACAGAAAUCGUGCAGCGGUGGCAGCAAGAGGCUCCAUUAGCUAAAGUGGUGCUUCAGGUUAAGAACAGUUUCAGAUUAAGAACAGACCUCCAGAAUGAUUUAAGUACUUAACCUGAGGUACCACUGUAGUCCAAUUUUCACUGGAUAUGCACUUCUUCUGAGAGAAUGCCCAUUUCUCUUUUUAAUAGGUUGGUUGCAAUCCUAAUGAAGACGUGGCCAUCUUUGCGGUUGAUUCAUUGAGACAGCUGUCAAUGAAGUUCCUUGAGAAGGGAGAGUUAGCCAACUUUCGAUUUCAGAAAGACUUUCUGAGGCCAUUUGAGCAUAUCAUGAAGAAAAACAGGUUCGUCCUAAUAACUUGAAAUGUAAAUGUGUUCUUUUAUGCCAAUGCAGAUUCCUCUGGCCUCAUCAUACAUGAUACCACAAAUAAGUCAGUAAUUAUUUUUUUAUUCAGGUCUCCUACAAUUCGAGAUAUGGUAAUACGCUGCAUUGCUCAGAUGGUAAAUUCUCAAGCUGCUAAUAUUCGCUCAGGGUGGAAAAAUAUCUUCGCAGUAUUUCAUCAAGCGGCGUCUGAUCAUGAUGGGAAUAUUGUGGAGCUGGCAUUCCAGUCAACGGGACAUAUAGUUAGUAAGUAAAUUUCAGCAAGACUAAUGUGCCAAAUGAUGGUGGUAGAGACCAACCUCAAAAUUUUGAAACAAUGACUUGUAGUAUUCCUAUUUCUCACAUGUACUUCAAAUAAUAUUUCUCCCUCUCUUUACCUUCUAGAAAAUGCUGGGUGGGGGGUGCUCCUUGAUUUUGCUGUUAAGGAAAACACAUUUUAAGAAGGGAUUGAAAAGUUCUUUAUGAGAACAAAGAAUCCAGCAGCCCACAACUUUGAAAUUUCUGCAGCUGUAGGCUCACUGAAAGCAUUGUAUGAUGUAGUUGUGUCAAACAAGUUCACUUUCAGAAACUGCCCACACUGUGUGACACCAGCUCUGGUACAGCGAGGCUUGCUAUAAAUCUCCGCUUACCCUUAGGUGAAAUCCCUGCCUUGCCCACAGAUUUGUAUGGGUUCCUGUGCUCUGCUGGAUGGCUUUCCUCCCUUUUAAGACUUGAUUGGAUUAGCAGUGGAAGGUUGCUGACAAAAGAAAUCCGCUGCAAUUGCAAUAAAUUUCAACACACCUUCUUACCUCGCUGGACCACCAUAAAUAGCUGCUGGACUUUGUGAUGGGCUAUAACUCAUGCAAGUUGUGCAGGCCUGGUGCGAUGGGUCACCUCCUAGAAUUGCAACCAUCUUGCAAUCAGCAUUUAUUAUAUAGAAGGGCAAAUGCUUGUAUCGCAAUGUAACUCCAAGCCCUGUUGACCUGGUCUGCUUAUGUACUUGUAUACCAAUUGUAUUCUAAAGCAGAGCAGAAAUACAAAAGUAGUGAUUUGUUUUUAUUUCACAUUUCCCUCCACAGCCAAUAUUUUUCAACAGCAUUUUCCUGCAGCAAUAGAUUCAUUCCAGGAUGCCGUAAAAUGUUUAUCAGAGUUUGCCUGUAAUGCUGCCUUUCCAGACACCAGUAUGGAAGCAAUUAGACUUAUUCGUUACUGUGCAAAAUACGUUUCAGAAAGACCUCAGGUACUUUCCUCCCCUCAUUUGUAUUUCUGUGCUUUUUCAGAGGCCCAAAAACAUUUUCAGUAGGAACUCACUCCCAGGCAUGUCUGCCUUCCUCAUUCCCUAAAGACCAUUAGGCAACAAGGCAAGGCGACCCUAUUCCAGCAAGCCUUUUGGAUAUGCUGACUGCUUUUUUAUGACCACUGUUUGAUUCUUUUUUACCGUUUUGUGCUAUUGGAUUUUAUUGAUUUUACAAACUGUUUCAAUUUUGUAGUUGUUGUUUUUUAAAAGAAACAUGAAAGACCAAUUUGUAUCAAAUGAUUUUAUAAAUGAUUUUAGUAAUAACAAACAUAUUAUACCACAGACCUGCUUUAAAUUAAGCCUGCACUAGUUAUGAUUGGGUAGCAGCUUCCUAAAUCAUACUCAGAAUAACAUUAUGAUUGACAUCAGCCUAUUGAUUUUAACAGACCUACUCUGAGAAUGAUUUUGUUGGAUGGCACCCAUUAUAUUCCAGCAACUCUCUCUAUCAAAUCUUAGUUCCUUCCUCCUCCCACAUCUCAAAUUAAAUAUGAAUGGGGAAUCUACCAUUUUUGCCUAGUGGCUUGGGCAGAAAAAUGUCCCACUAGGAGGGAUAUUUUUUUUUUGUGAGGUUACGGAGCGAUUUGCUUGUGCGCGAAACAUUUUUAAAGUGUGUUUUGUCUUGCUAUUUUUCUUUGCAUUUCUCCGUUCUUUAACAAGACCUGAUUGAGUGGCUUAAGUGUUUGUACUGAGCUACCAGCUCUUGUCUAUUCACAGGUUUUGAGAGAGUACACAAGUGACGACAUGAAUGUGGCCCCUGGGGACAGAGUUUGGGUUAGAGGCUGGUUCCCCAUUUUAUUUGAACUUUCUUGUAUCAUCAAUCGGUGCAAGCUAGAUGUGCGGACGAGGUAAUGAAACAUCUUUUUUUUUGUUGUUGUUCUGCCCAGUUAUUAAUGUUUUUCCCUGUUAACUUGUAUUGUCUUAUUACUGCUUUCCCUUCCAUGUUGUAGAGGCCUAACGGUUAUGUUUGAAAUCAUGAAGAGCUAUGGCCAUACCUUUGAACAACACUGGUGGCAAGAUCUGUUUCGAAUUGUGUUUAGGAUAUUUGAUAACAUGAAGCUUCCAGAGCAGCAGACAGAGGUACUGGAAGCCAUUUUAUAGAAGCAAACAAUAUUAAAAACAGAAAUUGAAGUCAAAGUUUGAUCUAGUGGGAUGUUGUUAUUCCUUUUUUUGGGGGGGGGGGGGGUUGGAAUUGUAGAGCCUGAGGCUUUUCUACCUGAGGUAGCAUGCUACAAGGGCAAAGGUUUAUGUUCCAUGUUGUCCUUGUGCCUUGCCCAAGUUGAGCAAGAACAUUGGGCCACUCUGUGCUUCAGUAGGCAGUCUAGUUCUUGCUACGUACAGUAUAUGGUGCUUCUUGGGUUAGCAUAAACAAAAAAUGGCAAGUUACUAUCCUUAGGAGCUUGCAGUCUUACAUUUUUACAAUGGGAAAGAGGGAACACAUGGAGGCAGCCUUUAAAUUUAUAAGCUUUAUUGUGCUUUUCAAUAUUCAAUCAGAACUUUUCCCAGUUAGCAGUAUUUUCCAAAAAAAAUACAAGGCCUGCUUUUUCUCUUGACAGAAAUCUGAAUGGAUGACUACUACAUGUAAUCAUGCACUUUAUGCAAUCUGUGAUGUAUUCACUCAGUUCUAUGAAGCUUUGAAUGAGAUUCUUCUUGCUGACAUAUUUGCACAGUUACACUGGUGUGUAAAACAAGGUAGCUUAUUUACAUACAUGUCACUUUAUUCUCUGGGUGGAUGAAUUGGUCACAUUCUCUCAAUUUCUAAUUUUUCAAAUCUUCUAAAUUCAGUUUGUCCCACUUAAGCAUCAGCUUGCAGUUUUUACCUAGUAAAAUUCAUUUUUGUUUUUUAAAAAUAAUUUUUAUUAAUUUUACAUAUAAUCGCAAUACGUAACAUCGUGUCCUCUUAUUAAGUCUCUUGGCUCAACCGAGCCUAAACGACUUCCCUCCCUCCCUCCUAAUGGUUUACAAAAUUAAAUUUUACUUUUUUGCAUUUCACUUCCUUUCCUAUUCUUAUUAUAUCAUUACUUAAGAUAUUAAAUUACUCAACCUGAAUAGGUACCGUAUUUUUCGCUCUAUAGGAAGCACUUUUCCCCCUCCAAAAAUGAAGGGGAAAUGUGUGUGCGUCCUAUGGAGCGAAUGCAGGCUCCUUGGCUUCAGCGAUAGCAACGCGAAGCCUCCAAAGCGCAGAGGGAGAGCUCCCCCCCGCACUCCGGAGGCUUCGCGUUGCUUUCGCUGAAGCCGCCUGAAGCCCCCGGGGCGCAGGGAACUCCCGCUGUGCUCCAGGGGCUUUAGGCAGCUAUCCGCUGUCCCUGCUCCUGCCAACCUAGCAGUCGAAAGCAUGUCAAAGUGCAAGUAGAUAAAUAGGUACCGCUCCGGUGGGAAGGUAAACGGCGUUUCCGUGCGCUGCUCUGGUUCGCCAGAAGCGGCUUAGUCAUGCUGGCCACAUGACUUGGAAGCUGUACGCCGGCUCCCUUGGCCAAUAAAGCGAGAUGAGCGCCACAACCCCAGAGUCAGCCACAACUGGACCUAAUGGUCAGGGGUGCCUUUACCUUUUUACCAGGCAUUAAAACUGUGGUUUAAAAUAGCCUUCAAGCUUUGGUUUUUAAGAGUCAUGAUUAAUGUUAACCAUGGUUUUACAUCACUGCAUAUAGGAGGGAAUCAUGGGUGGGGAGGAAAUAUUCUGGGGAGGGGAAGAUAAGAAAAGAAUACAAUAUACGUAUAAUGUUACAUUUGCUCCAUCUCAUUGUCUUAUUUUGCAGUGCUGCCUUGACUUACUACUUCCCAGUAAGAAUAAGCGCUAAACGACUGCAAGUCAUUCUUGUUAGGUGGUUUAUAAAUACCAUUGAUCUCUGACACUGUGUGUCUAUAGUCACUGUGAAUGUUCUUUAAUUUUGCGUAGAUGAGAAUUGUUUUUUUUUUUUUAAGCUGGUUCUUCAUUUUCUGCAGAUAAUGAACAGCUGGCUCGAUCGGGUACCAACUGCCUAGAAAGCCUGGUAAUAUUAAAUGGGCAGAAAUUCAGUCACGAAGUCUGGGACCAAACUUGCAAUUGUAUGCUAGAGAUCUUCAAAACUACAAUUCCUCAUGUGUGAGUAUAAUUCUAAAUGCAGAAUAUUUAAAGUGGUUUCAAAUUAGGUUAUGUUCCUGAUCAGUUUUUUUCUUCCUUGAAGCUUGCUGACAUGGAGACCAGCAGGAAUGGAAGAUGAUUCAUCUGAAAAGCACUUGGUAAGUGCUCUGAUUACUCAUUCCUUAGCUGAAAAAAAUGUGCGCAAAAUGAUGUAUGUGACGGCUUCAUGUUUAUAGACAUUUAAUGUGGAAACAGGAGUUAUCUGCAAGAACAUUCAUUAGACUCAAAUUUAUUAACAAAUAAAAAUAUUAGUAGCAGCAAUGUGUAUCUUUGGGUGUGUUUUAAACUAUUAUUAUUAAUAAUAAUAAUAUAUUAUUUAUUAUUGAAUUGCUCCUGUUUACUUCUAGGAUAUGGAUCUAGAUCGCCAAUCAUUAAGCAGCAUAGAUAAAAAUGCUUCAGAAAGGGGGCAGAGCCAGUUUUCAAAUCCUACAGAUGAAAGCUGGAAAGGUGGCCCUUAUUCAAGUAAGUCUGCACUUCAAUCUCCUCUUCAUCUAUCUAUCAUCUGUCUUUGAGGGCUAUCCACUCCUCACCCAAGUCCCCUUGCAAGCAACACCACCCCAUUGUGCUGAAGGGCUGUUGAGAUUUUCCUUUCUGCUUUCAGCACCAUCUGCAUACAGGCAUUAUUAGUUCUUAGCCUCCACUACAGUGUUGCUGCCAACUUGUGUACAAAUUUGUUUCCAGAUUUGUAGCAUUGUGCAAGAGCCUUGGAAAUGGCACCCCACAUCCAUUGACAGCCUAUUGCUGGUUGUUUUUUUUUAAGAGCUUGGGUCGAUGGGAUUCAUAGAUUCUUGACAUUUUCUUAACAGGAUUCAUAUGCCAAAUAAUCAUCUAUAACCUCUGAGAGGUUUACAGUCCCAUUUUCCAGGUCAAAUUAUGCUGGUUGGUUAACCUCAAUUUAAGGAGCAUUCAUGUAGCAGUGACACAAAAGUCUGCUAUCUUACUUACACAGGAAAAUGUAUUCUGUUGUUGAUGUUAUUUAUUGAAUUUAUAUACUGCCCUAUACAGUGGUGCCUCGCAAGACGAAAUUAAUCCGUUCCGCGAGUCUCUUCGUCUUGCGGUUUUUUCGUCUUGCGAAGCACGGCUAUUAGCGGCUUAGCGGCUAUUAACAGCUUAGCGGCUUUAAGAAAAAGGAAACAAACACGCAAGAACUCGCAAGACGUUUCGUCUUGCGAAGCAAGCCCAUAGGGAAAUUCGUCUUACGGAACGACUCAAAAAACGGAAAACCCUUUCAUCUAGCGAGUUUUUCGUCUUGCGAGGCAUUCGUCUUGCGGGGCACCACUGUACCCGGAAGUCUCAGGGCAGUCCUAAAGUAUUAUUUUAUCAAUGGCAUGGUGCUAGUCUAGGGAUGAUGGUAAUCUUCACUGGCACCACGGUAGCUCAUGAAAUCCAUGGUUCCCUGUUGCUAGAGAAUAUUGCACAGAAUAUUGCUUGGAAAGGAAUCUUGUUGGAUGAUGGGGACCAGGGGAAAAUGACAUCAGGGUACCUAUAUUUGGCUACACCAGUUUUUAGUGCAUACAGCCAAAUUACUUUGAAACUAAGACCUAUCAUAUUGAUAUUCUCUUAGACCAGAAACUCUUUGCCAGCCUCCUUAUUAAGUGUGUUGUGCAGCUCGAAUUGAUACAGACCAUUGAUAACAUAGUAUUUUACCCAGCAACGAGCAAGAAGGAAGAUGCUGAGCAUAUGGCUGCCGCUCAGGUAAGAAACCUCACAUUCUUCUCCAGAGUCACAUCUUGACUUUCCCAUUUGUUUAACAUUUAUCAGCUAGUAUGGAAGACAGGGAGUGAACUGUGCCCUGACAGUCUUUUGCCCUGUAUGCGAGGUCCCGCUAUAACAGUGCCUUAAAUUUAGCUGAAGAGGCUUAGCAUUCUGCUCUGUCUGACAAGAGCAUGAAGUGAGCAAACAAACUGUUGCUGCUGAACAAUUGUAGAUAGGUCAAAGUCAUCAGUGAAAAUGAAGGAUACCCCUGAAACUGAUACCACCCUGUUUUUCUCCAGAAGACCCGAUGUGCCGACUGACUGGGACAAAUGUUGCUGUGAACCAGAGAGAAAUUUAGAUUACAUUUCCAGUAACAGAACUACAUUUAUUUCCUAAUUGCAUCCAGGAGCAACUGGCACAUAUUCUACCUGUGCAUCUGUGAUUUUGUUGGUUUUGCCUCCCACAAACUGGGAGGCAUCAUCAAUUCAUGGUGAUUCUGCAUAGAAUAAUGACACUUCUUUUACCAAUACCAGAAACUGUGGCAUGUGCCCUCUGCUUUGGCGGGGGGGUGGGGCGGGAUAGCAACUGAUGCAUCCAGGUGCACUGGACUGAUAUCAAAAUUGGUCUAUUGCGCUUGGAAAUUGUGAUAUACUCUGAUUAAAAAAAAAAAGUAUGAUUACACCUAUUCCUUCAGUCAAUGUUUCUUGUAACUUGAUUUUCCAUUUUAGAGGGACACACUAGAAACAGACAUCCACAUUGAUACUGAAGACCAAGGAAUGUACAAAUACAUGUCUUCCCAACACCUGUUCAAGUUGCUGGACUGUUUGCAGGAGUCCCAUUCAUUUUCAAAAGCUUUUAACUCAAAUUACGAACAAAGAACUGUCCUGUGGAGAGCAGGUAAGCACCAAGUGUGUGGUGCACAAAGGGUUUUUUAAAAAAUAUGCUCAAAGCAGUGUAAGCAAAAAAUUGCAGGUCUAGUACAUGAAUCCAGUUCAGGGAACUGGUGGCUCCCCAGAUGUUGCUAGACUUCAACCCCCAUCAUCCAUGCCAUUUGGUCAUGCUAUCUGGAGCUUAUGGUAGCUGCAGUCCAGCAAUAUUUAGAGGGCCACAGAUUCACCAUACCUGAUCUAAUAACAUGGAAUUUUAUUAUUUUGAUUUUGAGGUUAGAAACAUAACUUGGAAUAUUAUAAUCCAAUUAAGAAAUGUACCUUGCUAGUGAUCUUAUAUCAAGAUGGGGAAUCAACAACUUCCAUCAGCCCCGAGCAGCAUACCAGUGGUAAAGGAGUGAUGGAAGUUGUAGCCUAAUAACUUCUGGAAGGCAACAGGUUUCCCAUCCCUGCCUCGUAUGAAGAUCACAGUAUGCAAUAGCUGUUCAUAUCCGUUCAUCAUGUAGGAGUUCCAUAAAUUUGAUUCCAGAAGAUAGGCUCAGAUUCAGUGAAAUGAAGCCAAAGCUAAUGGCAUUUAUUUUGUCCUUAUGGUACAGAGGGAGCAUGUCAUAUUUUGGGUUGUUGUAAACCUUAUACCUAUAGAAGGGUUAAGUAUCCCUUCCCCUUUUCUAUUCUAAUCACUUACUCCUAAAAUUGUAUUUUUUCCCCCAGUUUUAAAAGUGAUUGGGUGGUAACUAUGGGCAUUUAGGUGUAAUGUGGAGUCAGGCUCCAAGUGAGGCAUUAAGAAGUCUCAGGGUUUAAGUGAUGCUGCACAUUUCCUUUCUCCAAAUGGCUCUGCCUUCAAUAGUGUUUACCUGCAUGUGGUUUCAAAGGCAUACAUGUCUUGCCAAAUGUGUGUUUGGGACCUCACAGUUUAGAAAAGUUGUAUGUAUGCAUAUCUGUUGGAGUUUGAGCAGACAUGCAGAUAUACUUAUCUAGCUAUAUCGCUGUCCUUGAUUUCUAGGGUUCAAGGGUAAAUCCAAGCCUAAUCUUUUAAAACAAGAAACCAGCAGUUUGGCUUGCUGUCUGAGAAUCCUCUUCCGAAUGUACGUUGAUGAAAAUCGCAGAGACUCCUGGGAAGCUAUACAAGAGAGACUCCUGAAGUAAGCAUUAUUUCUACCCUUUAAAGAUGUUACUAGGCUGCCCAGUCAAUUGACUGCUUUUGGCUGCAGGAUUCCAGUUUCUGUAUGGAAUGCCUCCCCCUAAUCUUCCUAUUAAUUUCAGUCAAGGUAAUAAAAAGUGAUGGGUGUUCAAAUCUGGGCCUUCCAUUAAGGCCAUCCUGGAAUGUGUCUGUGAAAGUAACCUGAUACCUGGAGUGGGCCAUUCAUCCCUUCCACACCAUUUGAUAAAAGAGAUUUUGACUCUGGCUUCAGUGUGCUUUUUGCAAAGUGUUGCUUCUAGUUAGUUAGGUGAAAUUGUUCAGAGAGUGAAAAGAUAAUCCUAUUCAUAAAUGACAUUGGACAGCCUGUGUGGAUACCAGAUAAAGAAAAUCACCCAUUUGUACAUUGAACUGCAAUACUUCCAAGCCCACUUGCAGCUUCAGCCGGGUGAUUUUAAAUAGAAAACACAAAGGUCAAAUAAUGAAAUAAAAAGACAUUGAGAGGAAUUCAGUAUAGCACUGUGAUAAUGGUCCAAUUAGUAGAAGCGUUUCUGCUUGCAGAUGGAACAAUUCCCCAUUUCCUCUUCUGCCACUCUGUUCUAGGGGUUCUCCAAGUCAGUUUCAGGGGUUAGGUGUAUGUGCAGUGGCAGCAGAGGAGGGAAAAGCCCCGUCUUGCGUUAGUUGAAUCCUGCCCACUGAAUGUUUUGUCACUUUCCUCUUCCCAUUUGAAGUGAAACCUAUCAAGAUUCCACGUUUACUGCUAGGCUUGAGGGUAGACCGCAACACCUGUUGAUCCAUUUGCUUACGAUUCCUUUUUCUAUGCAUUGAGUGGGUACAUAAUCUUUCUCUAGUGUGUGCAGUGAGGCAUUGGCCUAUUUUAUCACCGUGAACUCAGAAAGCCACCGAGAGGCCUGGACCAAUCUCCUGUUGUUACUUCUAACAAAAACACUAAAAGUCAGUGAUGAAAAGGUAAGAAAAGAUUAUCACCUUGGUUUCAUGCACAUUAUUUUCACACUUUAACAUGAAACUGUAUCCCUUUUCUCUCUCACACACACAUUGUAUGAAAGGGCAUCACAAUUAAAUUGUGGCUUCAGGGAUGUGCCUCUGGCCACACACCCCAAGGUCAUGUGGUGGUGGUGCUAGCCCUUCUCCAACUCAGGCAUGGAUAUCUGUAAAAGGAGAGGCUGUGUCUGUUUUGGAACUCUGCGAUUGGGGUUGCAGAAUGCAUGGGGCUGGUGGGAGCUGGAAUUCAACCACAUCAGGUAGGACCACAGGUUAGCCACCCAUGGUUUAGAUGGACUUUCUCAGUGUUAUGUGCUUAGUGCAUUGCAGCCUAAAACUUGAAGAUUUCUUUAAAAUUAUUAAUAUUGCUACAUGUUGACAUAGAAUGAGAAAAGCAGGGUUUCCCAAAUUUGGGUCUCCAGCUGCUUUUGGACUACAAUUCCCAUCAUCCCUGACCAAUGUUCUUGGUAGGUAGGGAUAAUGGGAGUUGUAGUCCAAAAACAGUUAGAGACUCAAGUUUAGGAAACACUGCUCACUGGCCACCUCUAUAAUAAAUUGAUCCCUGGGGGAAUUUCUGGUUGCUGGAGGGCCAGCCUUACCAUUAGGCAGAGUGGAGAUAGCCACCUCAGGCAGCUGAUUUCUAAAGCUAUGAAGGGAUAGCAGAAUAGGUAACUGUUUAAUAUAUACUAUUUUAAAUCCCAGGGAGCAGGGGAAAGUUGCUUAUGGGAUAACUUGACUGGCCUUAAGUUAAGACAAACCUUAACUUGAAGGGCAGUGGCAUUUUCUGCUUUGACUCAGUCAAGAAAAGUGCUUGGACUGGCUGUUCUGGUUAGGUAAGAAACUGGCGGCCUCAAGAGGCAUGCAGUUUCCAAACCUAGAUGUUGCUUACCCCAUAGUCCAGGCAUCCUCAAACUUGGCCCUCCAGAUGUUUUGGGACUACAACGCCCAUCAUCCGUAGUUAACAGGAGCAGUGGUCAGGGAUGAUGGGAAUUGUAGUCCCAAAACAUCUGGAGGGCUGAGUUUGGGGAUGCCUGCCAUAGUCUGACUGUGAGAACUCGGUUCCUUCUAUUAUUAUUAUUAUUAUUAUUAUUUGCUUUUUAAAAAAACAAUCUUACUCCCCCCCCUUUUUUUGUCUUCCAAGUUCAAAGCACAUGCUUCAACAUAUUACCCCUACUUGUGUGAGAUAAUGCAGUUUGACCUUAUCCCAGAGCUCCGAGCGGUACUGCGGAAGUUUUUCCUGCGCAUAGGUGUAGUAUUCAAAAUCUGGAUUCCUGAAGGACAGUUGCGGACGACGGGGACCCACUCGCUUGCAUGGUAGCUCCAUCACUGCUCUUUCCCAAAGCUUGAGUUGUGCUAAGUUCAAAGAAUGGAUGCAGAGAGAGGGAGAUUGUACUCAAAGAAGAUGAAACAACCACUGGAACAGAUCAAAAUAAUAGCAUUUCUAAAGGAAAACUGUCUCCUUUUAAAAAUAAAAAAAAUCUGGCUUCCCUAUAAGAAUAGCUGUUGAGCAUUUUGCAAUUUAAUGCAGUAAAUGUCAAGUCACUCUUAUCACAAAGCUUGUGUCUUCAAAUCUGUUGUUUGCAAUGGCUCCUUCUUAAUGCCUUUCAGCUAAUUGCCCAUAAUCUGUUGGAAAUGAUGAAUGAAUGGAAAAUGAGAUACCGAAUAUAUACAUAUAGGCCUGUAAUGUUAGCAAAUGUAUUAAUAAAUAUUUAAGAGAGGGCAUAAAUUCAUCCGAAAAUCAUGCUGGGAUAUCUGGUCUCCCACGCCCCCAUUUGGGUGGAUUCAACCUCUGUGUGAAUACAGGGUGCUUUUUUGUUUUAAUGAUUUGGUGCUGUCUAUUCUGCAAAGUCAUAGCAAGAUGGCAGUUGGGCGGUAGUAUAACCAACAACCUAGCAAGAAUCCAAAGAGAUAAUGAUCUUCAUCACUCUCCCUGCCAACUUACAUGUUGCAGAAUGUGUGUGGUAAAUCAUUCCCAGAACUGCGGCAUAUCGUGUUGGCCUGGACCUUCAUUGUUUUUCAUCAUAAGUAAAUACCCUUGAUACUAGAUCUGUAUCAAGAAAAUAAUUUGCAGUAUACAGUAUUGCAAAGGAAAUACUACCCCCCCCACAAAAUGUAGCAGAAAACCAUUACACAUGAGCCUCUUAAUCCCAUUACUAAAUCUCUCAUGCCUUGAAUGCACCACGAAGCUUGAUAUCUUUGAAAAUUCUUCUGAUUCUUGACUCAUAUGGAGGAAAUGGCAAAAUGAAACUUUCGAAUUAAUAUUUGAAUUGCACAUUGAAUGAAUUAAAAUGUAUAGCAGUUGGUCAAGCCCUUCCCCUUUUGAAUAAUAUAUAGAUUAACAUUUUGGUAGAAGCAGUCUAUCUUUAAUGUGCAUUAAGAUAUUUCUAUUUUUAUUGCAGAAUUGUGAGUUGCGGUUGUUUUUAAUGGCUUGGUUAGUACUUUAUUGUCAAUAGUUGUAUGAGGGCGAAGAGUCUGGUUCCUAUUGGGACCACUUGAUUUAUUAAUAUAAGUGCACAUGUACUUGUGACGAAAUCCUGGUUGUUAGGGGCAAUAGGAAGCAAACUUGCAGUUUUAUCAGUGCAGUUCUAUUGGCUCUACUGACUUUGGGUCGGGGGGGGUAGAGUUGUUUUGUUUAUUUGUAAGACCAUGUCUUAGUAUUCUUGGCCUAGUAGAAGAAAUAGUUUUGUAAGGUAUAGCAGGCUAGAACCUGUUUAGUUGUAUUUCAACUCUCCGAUAUGAGUGUAAGAUUUGCAUAAGAGGGCAGGAAGGGAAUUGUUUCCGUCCAAAUGUGUAUAUAUAUUAAAAAAUGCAAGCGCAAGAGUAUUAUUAAGCAUAUUUUGUACUUACCCAUAUCUGCAAAUAAGAAUGGUAAAAGUAUUAACUUAAUUGGGGGUGGGGAAAUGGUAGCUGGUUGGCUGCAAUCCUAAGCAAGCGUUCCUGAAGUUCCAUUGAAAAUGAUAAUGCCCGAGUUGAAAUGUGAUUGGGGUUCAGUGUGUUUGGAACUUUUUGCUUUGUAAAUUGAGUUUGGCUGUUUAGCUCAACCAAAGUUGUUGCGGUUUUUGGAGAACCAGAAUUGACGGCUGGAUUUGUUUUAUUAAAUACUGGUGCUCUCUUUCUCUAUCUCAAGUUAAUUUCGUUUUAUAUUUGUGUUUGGUCAUUAAUAUAAGUAAGAACAGUUUCUGACGUUUAAUUUCUCUACCAAAGAAUUUUUUUGCAUAAGAGCUGCAGCAUUUGUCUCAUAUGAAGUACGUUGACAGAAAUGUGAGUAAUUUAUUUUAAAAGAUUGUGGUGGCAUUUUGCCACAGUGAAAAAAACAAUAGUCUGACUUUCUUCAAAACUGAAAGAAAUUUCAACUUUUAAGUUUGCAUCAUAGAUAUGUAUUUCACUGUGUACCAAGUCAUUUAUUGUUUAUAUAUAAAUACAUAAAUUUACAUCCACAUAUUCUUUAAUUGGACAUAUUCUUUAAUUGAGCUGUUUAUUUUUUCCACUGCUAUGGUUCUGCUAUUAAUACAUUGUAUGAAUGCAGCUUGGCCUCCACCCUGUUUUGUCAAGUGUUACCUGUUCAAAGUUGUAGCUGUUUGUCUUUUAUUAAGAGAGCAUGGCAACAUUACAGCUGCUUCAGAAUCUGAAAGAGAAGUGCAAUACCCUUGGGACUGUAAUAGUAUCUUCCAGAACUUUGCAAUGUAAAAUAAUAUGAAGAAGCUUUAUAUGUGAGAUCUUAGCUUAUAGAUAAUAUUCUGAUCAUACAACUUAGAACCUUUUAAAGCCUUAGUGUUAAAUGACUUCGUUUCUUUCAGUAAGCUGUUAGCAGUCAACAGUUACAUUUUCAAAUUGCUGAACUUUAAUUUAAUGACACUUGGAGGGGCGGAGGCGGGGAUCUAGAUUACCAUAUGAUCUGUGUGUGUGUGUAGAGAGAGAGAGAGACUCCAUAAUAGCCUUACUCCAGAUGUUCCUGAAAGUGUGUGUGUACUAGAUCUGUGGAGAUUGAUAUCGUACAUGUAAUGUCUGGAUGUGUUCUUGCAGUGGCUAUGGGCUUCAGUGUACCUUUCCAUUUUGUCAGCACCAAACUCCACAGACAAUCGUAACAGUGAUAGGAAUUCUCUCCGGCUGCUUUCACAGCAAUUCAUUUGAGUGCAGAUCAUGGAGCAGAUUCUGCAGACUAAACACAGUACCUCCUAUAGACUUCCUUCGAUCCACAUGAAAUUUGAUUCAGCUGGUACAGGUCAGCAGCAGAAUUCUGUGUCUUGGAUCCAAUGUAGGAUUAGAGGUUUGUGUAAGGUCCUAUGUACAUAUUUCUGCCCAUCCGUUAACCAUAACUUAGAGAUCAGGAGUGACCCAUGGACAUAUGCAAAACACAGGCCCCUUCCUCCCAUUUCUAGUAUGAAUUCCUACCCUCUGUCCUUAUCAGCAUUAACCAUGGUUUAGCUUUACCACUAUACUGUCUGCACUCGUGGUUAACAGUCAUCAGGUUUCCUCUUAAACCAGAGGUUGCAGACCUGCUUCUCAAACAGUUUUAAGAUGUAAACUCUGGUUAGCAUUAACCCUGGUUAUUGCUGAUGCAGACACAUUGUUAAACUAUGAAUUGGGAAAUGGGGCAGCAGGAAUAGGAACUGGAGAAGGGAGAUAAGAACACACAAAGCCUGCUCAUAUUCUUUUUAAACUGUGGCUGUCCAGCAUUGUAUCUACAGUAGCCCACAGAGCACUCUUACAAUUGGAGACAUUUAAACUGAUGAAAGUAAGUUAUGCCACAGUAAAAUGUGUAGAAUACAGUCUGACAAGAUGUACAAAUCUACAUGUAGUCAAUAUUUGGAAGACGCACUCUACAGUAAACAGGUGAGGAAAAACGGUUAACAUAGACAGAUGUCCUGAAGGGUUCGAGGGUUGUCUUAUGGAGCUUUAUUAUUAUUAUUUUUGCACCCAUUUCUGAAAGUUAAGUUUAUUUAUUUAAAUUCUAAACCAGAGAUAGAACAAAAGUCCAGUACAGCUCCUGUAUGUUAAAGGUCUGUAGUAUAAAUUCAAACUGAGGCUCAAAUGUCUUAAGCCUGCAUAUUUGCACACAAGCUGGUUUAUUUUUUGAGCAAAAUUGAUGGAAUAAAGUUUGCUUAAAUCUUUGUGUGUUGCAUUUUAUAAGGAUAGUUUGCUUACCACUAGCACAAUCGUGUUUGAAGAUAACGCAAGCCAGUGUAAAAUGGCCAGUGAAAUUUGCCCCCAAAUUUUAUUUUAACAUUUAAUCAGAUGAUAUGAUCCUUGGCUUGAAACAAUUUGUGAGAGGUGCAGUUCCUAAAUGUCUUGACAUUUUGUCCAGAAUAUCUCUUUGCAACUUUAAAUAAAAUAUACUUUGUGCAAAAUGUUUUACCUAUAUAAAUGCCUAAAAUUAGUUACAAGCUACUUUUUUUCUUAAGAGAUCUUCUAUUAUGAAGUGCAUUUAAUAUCAUUAAGUUAAUGAAAAGCAUUCCUUGCCCGAUGGAUGUAUACAUUUUUGAGAGAAUAGCAGAAUAAUUAUAUAAUUAUGAAAAGCUAUGUAAAGUUUUUUACAUAAAAAUAUUAUGUAUAAUACUGUUGUAUUCCAUGCUUUAAUCAGGUGGUAAAUAAAAGUUUAAAAAUGAACUUUCUUUUUCAAAUGUAAUGAUUUCAAGCUUACAUCAACUAUUUGUAUCCAGUCGGAUGGGGUGAUACUAUAGAGG